GUGCAAGAGCUGCUGAGGCAGGAAUCAGAGUGGAUACUGUAUCCCUGGCACAGCUGACUGGCAGUGCCACAUGUUGGCAUGGCUUUCCCUACUUCCAUUCUUAUCAUGCAGAUGGCACUCUGGACCCUGUUACUGGGUAAGUAACUCAGUCCUGUCUGAGCUUUUUUACUCUAAGUAAAUCAGUACAAGGAGCCUGCUAGGCAGAAGAGCUUGCAAUCUAAGAGGACUUUAUGUGAGUUUUAGCACACCCUUAAUCCUGCUUGGAUUAGUGAUUUAUUGGCUUCAUACAAAGUUUACCCAUUCACUUAGUUAAUUGGUUUGUGUGUUUCUAUAGAAUUUUUAUCAAUACAUGAAAUGUUCUUAUUAAAUCAUGCUUUUUUUUUACCUAACCCUUUUAACUCCCAUGCCAGGCAUGUCCUGAUCAUAAUUGGAAUUUGACCAGUUUCUGGGAUGAAGGAGUUAAUGGCUCCUGCUGGGGUUUAUCAUUCUCCAAAUAUCCUGUUGCCAAUAAAUGAAUCAGUUAUGGGAGAAGGGGUUUGGAUUGUAACUGGUUGCUAGAGAGUAAUUGAACAGAAAUUCACCAUUGAGGGGGCUUUAUAAGUAGGACCCCCCUAGGUCUGACUGGUGAUUGCUCUGUGUGUGGGGGGGGGAAGGGGGAGUAUUUAUUACACAGUGAAUUGUUACUAAAUAACUGCAGAGUCUCAUACACUCAGGGGUUAUUUUCACCAACUUAAAUUCAAGUUACAUUUUUGCAAAUGAAAUCUUUUUUUAAUAACUGCCAAUCAAUGUUUUGUUUUGUUUUUUGAGGGGAAAAAACAAAGAUCAUAAUAUUUUUUUAUUUUUGUCUUGUGUAUUUUUGGCCUGCAUUUUACAGUCUUGUUUUCAAGUUACCAUUAUUUGAUGUUUAAUGAAAAGAGCCAAGUCAUUAACCGCAGAGAGAAGCCAGGGUCCCUGUGAUGUCAUAUCUGGCGGUUUCUGUAGGUUAGAAUAAUUCUCUUGGUUUUAGCCAGAUAUCUGAAUAACGCUCGUUAUUAUAAUAAUACAGUACAAUACUGACACACUGAGAAUUUAGGGAGUUACAUAAAUCUCUACAUUUACUGCUUUGUGCUUAUUGGUUGCUAUUUGUGAGCGUAGGAUUCACGUGAUUGACAUCAGAAUCUGCUGUUUGUGAUGAAUUAAUAGGAAGAAGAACUCUCUAAAUUAAGAUAAUUAACCUAUAUUUUCCUUAAAUCUUUACUGACCAAUGGCAUGCCAUGGAUAUUGUUUUUGGUUACUGGAUCCUCAUUGUUCCCCCGGACAGGUAUCAGCUGUGCGUAGUGAUGGGCGGUACAUGAAAGGUGCUUCCCUGCGGUAUGUAGCAUUCAGACGCUGGAGGAUUCCUCCCUGAGUAACAACUUGGCUUCAUCUCGUUUCUUGGCCCCGGUGCAAUAUGUAUAAAUGAUGCGUUUAGGAGAAAACGCUGGGUCUGGAAACCCUGGUAUGGUAAUCUAGCAGGAGUUCCCUAAUCCCCUCAUUAAACAGAUGCACACGGUGACAUAGUGGUACGUUUGCCAAUUAGAAUCCAGAUUUCCAAGCUCUAUAAGACUGGCGUAGAAUGGGUUAAGGGUUAUUAGAUGCCCAUAUAACAUGGUAUUAAUAAUGAUUGAUGGACAGUAUGCUGAGAGUCCGGUGGGAUCUAUUCCCAAGCCGUGAGUUAUGAAGAUUGGCAGCAAAUCCUUCAGGAAUCGCUGGUUUUAUAGCUGGUGACACCCUCAAUGAUGUGUGAGGGAAUAAACCCACCAGGGCUAUUCUGUUAGCUGGAGCAGAAUUGGGAAUUUCUGGCUAACGGAACUGGAAAAUUUCUCAAACUCAGCUAUUCUUCCAGUUUGAUUGUUUCAAUGUGAAAUUUACAAUUCCUCAGGCAGUUCUCCCCAAUCGCAGCUUAGUGAAUAAACCCCUUAGGGUAUGGGAUGGGGGAUACCUUGGGUUACCCGAUCCUCGACAGAUAGUAUUUUGAUGGGAAAUCAUUAAAAUAAUCCAGCAGGCUUUAAUGCAGUCAAGAAGGAAUCUUAAAAUCUCCUUUCUAAUGCAUAUGAAUGCUACAUACAGCAAAAUUCAUGUUUUAAAAAGUUACUAAUUGUAUACAAGACUGACAGUUUUAUUUUUCCCCUUUUUAAGAGUGUCAAAUAUUCAUUACGUUUUACUAAAUUUACUCUAUAUCUAUGAGGGAUAAUAUAGUAUUAGGAAUACAAGUUGUAUUCUUGGCACCAUAGCUCCAUCGUGUAUCCCCCCCCCCCCAGUGGAAGGGAUAAUAAACCCUUACUGUACUUACCCAAUUCCAACGUCAAUCUCCCUCAACGCUUGCUGGGUUGGUGAUACACCCCCUCCAAACUCAUCCAAUAGGGGGCGCUAAUGUACAUCCGUGGCGAACGCCAUGAGCGCAUUAGGCCCUCUCCAUAGUAACGCAUUCAAUUAAUGCUUUCAUAUGGGAGUUUGACACUGAAUGUCCUCAUGCAGAUCAAGUCCCUUGACAAGCAGGAAGUGCCUCUAGUGGCAGUCUGACAGCCCUGCAAUGUAAUUAUUGGAGUUUCUCACGAUCAGUUCACCCAGACCACGUCAAUGAGCUAGAAUGGUCUGGGUGCUUACAGUGUCCCUUUAAUAUUCUCCAUUGCUCCCGAACGAACUACAUUAAUAUUAAUUAGAUUAUUUUGUACUUGCCGGUUAAAGGAACAGAGCUAUGAAAUGUACUUACUUUAGAAAAAUCUCAAACAUUACCCCGAGAGGUUUAAUAUUUCUGUUUUAUAGAGAUAAUGUUAAUGCUAUGUCUUCUUUUCUGAAUAAGCAAAUGGGGGGAUAAAUAUAUUUUAGUCAAAUAAUAAUUUUUUUCAGAUUAAGAGACUGGGGAGACCGAAGGUAACAUGUUCUAGCUAAUGUACUAAUCUAUGCAAAACCACAAUUAUUAAAAGAAAAUACAAAUAUACAUUGGGAGCUCGUACAUUUGCACCCCCCAAAAAUCUCUGAUUUUGUGGGACUGUCCUGAUGUUGGGGUCCUAUGUGGAGCACUGCUAGCGUAGAACCCAUUGGUAGGUUGUAGACAUUACCGCGCAUGCGCCAAAGGUCUCCAGUGCUUCUCUAUGAGACACGUUGGAUUGGAUUAAAAAGAGUCGGGGUCUGUCAUAUUUAUUAUAGUAGAAUUGAUUUUUUUUCUAAAUAUUCUAUUUCAUGAGGACUAUAGCGGUUAUAAUUUAUUUUGCCGUUGUCUUUUUUCGUGUGUGUAAUAAUGUUGCUUUUAGUUGUAUAGCAAACCGUUUCUUUUCAUAUCGCUUUUCUAAUUUAUUACUUUACUUUAUUGGGUGUAAGUAUAUACAUGUAUUUUAUUUAUUUUAAAACCAGAAAGAAAGUUAAAUAAAAAAUGGCAAUGACUUUUUUUAAGCUUCGGAGUGUUACAUCGUGUAGAACAGGGUUCCAGAUAAUUUUGAGAAUGCCAUUUGAUGCACUUAUAAAACAUAACUAUCGAAACACAAUUUACAAUUAAUGACGUCAGCAUGGCAAAUGACUACAUACCUCCUCCACAUGACGCCAAAGUGACCCAUUUUACUUAAAUUGUGACUUUUAUUUGAAAACAAACAAAACUCUCUGUGAGCGUCCAUUCGUUCUACAUUACUUUAUUUUACUGCGAUGAUUUAAACGACACGUGUUUUCUUGAUAGAAUGUGAUUUCUGUGUUGUGUAAUUUCUUAAUGGCUCUGUGUUAAUUGUGACUGUUCUCCCUACUGUCUGCUGCUGUACUUUAUAUACUAUGAUAAUCUGAUUAACCCUUAACCACCAUGGCGCCAUUCGUUUUGGCGCUGUGCACAAAAUGCACGGGCAUGCAUUAGUCCUGCACAGCAUCAUGGGAAAAUGGAAGCACAGACACAUGGAAGUGCAGCCUCCCCCCCACCCCAACAUUUCACAUGGACAAAGAGGGGACACUUUAAUUAUAGGGGUCUGAGUGGGGGUGUGGCCAGGGGCAGGCUGGUUUAAGACAUUUUAGGUGAUUUACUAAUAACAAUUUAUAAAACUAAAAUGUAAGUUAUAAUAAGAGCAAUGUAUCUAAUUUACACAGACUCAUUUUUCUAAACACAUUUAUUGUAGUUUAAAGACACAUUACUGGGAGUAUUAUUGCUGUGGAGCUCUGUUAUACACUCAGACACAUUACUGGGAGUAUUAUUACUGUGGAGCUCUGUUAUACACUCAGACACAUUACUGGGAGUAUUAUUGCUGUGGAGCUCUGUUAUACACUCAGACACAUUACUGGGAGUUUUAUUGCUGUGGAGCUCUGUUAUACACUCAGACACAUUACUGGGAGUAUUAUUGCUGUGGAGCUCUGUUAUACACACAGACACAUUACUGGGAGUAUUAUUGCUGUGGAGCUCUGUUAUACACCCAGACACAUUACUGGGAGUAUUAUUACUGUGAGCUCUGUUAUACACUCAGACACACCAACAAUAUGGAGCUCUUAGAAAAGAGGGACAGAGGGAUUUGCGCCCAAAAUAGGGACUGUUCCUCCUAAAUAGGGACACUUGGGAGGUAAGUGUUUUUAUUCUCCCUCUGCUGCACUCCUCAAUACUCAUUAGGGUGAUGGAAGGAGGGGAGGGCACUAGCUGAGUGACAGUCCUUCUAUUAAGAUAACUUUUCCUUAAAUACAAAAUGAGUGAGCGUGUCCACGUGCAGUUUGUGAUUUAUUAGAACAAGGCUCUCAGGAAGUGUGGUUUUUUUUUUUCAUUAUCCUGAAUCUGACCAAUGUUUCACCUGUUCUGUUAGACAUGUGAGAUAUCAUGAUUUGCAAAGCGUUCCUGUAGCUGACUUAUUUUAUCAUUUUAAUUAAGGAUUGUAUUCAGUCCUUCGUACUCGAUAUGUUCGUGGCUCAGUACAGACCAGUGCCACGGCACACAGGAUUAAAUCCACCAAUUUCACAAAUUAGCGUGAUAGUCGGACACCUCAGGCAAAAGCAACAGAAUGAGGAGAAUUUAUUAUUUUCAGGAUACAACUGAACUGCUUUGGUUUAUAUUCUGCUAAUACUGGACAUGAUUGCCACAUAAUAACAUUUCACAAUUAUUGCAUGUUAUUGACAUAUUUUCAUUUAUGCGAAAUACUCCAAAUUUGAUUGCUGGAGUUCAGCUGAGGACUUCAAAUCACACAUGGCUUUAAUUCUCGUGGAUUGUGCUGUUUUUAUGACCGUAAGGGUACUUUAAAAAUAAAUAUUGCCUUCAUUAUUGUCUGUUGUGUGCAGUUUUUUUGUGUUGUGUUUUUUGUUUCUAUAAAAUUGAAAAUAAAAGUAGAUUGUGAAACUUUCUCUGUUUAGCAAACGGGUAUAAAUAUUAAAGGGACAUAAUAGCGUUGGUUUUACAAACCUGUAUUCCUUCCUAAUGUUACAGCACCCCCGGUCCAUAGUUAGAUGCAGGUCCCCCCAUCCAUUUUAAAAUUAAGAAAAUGAAAGUUUUUACUACCCCUAUUCCAGCACAGAGACUCCACCCACUGCAACAUCAUCGAGAAGACGUGGCGCCUUCAGCAAUGGCCCAAUAUUGCCGCGACAUGCAUCCAAUACGUCUCAUAGGAAUGCUUUGAAUUCACAAUAACCACUUUCACUGCACUGACUGAGUAACACAGAUCAUCCCGGUCUGGACAGUGGAAGCGGCUCUCGUGGUUCUCGUGGCUAUCAGUAUGACAGAGGUGUGUUUCACCCCGCAAUGUAAACACAGCAAUGGUUUACCUCGAAGGGUUAAAUAUCCAGAACCACUGCACCCAGACCACUUCUAAUGUGUUUAUAUUAACAACCCCCAACAUGCGCAGCCAGAGAUGGUUAAUGGGAAUUCUGGAUAUUCAGUGACUCUCUCUGUUCUAUAAAUAGCCUUGUGCGUGGCAGUGUGUUAUACAAAACAGUGGGCAAGCUUUGUAAUUUGGGUAUUCCUAUUAAUGCGCCUGUAUGUAAUAUAGCCUGAUCUGUUCUUCUUCUAUAGAUUAAUAAAGCCUGAUCUGUUCUUCUUCUAUCGAUUAAUAUAGCCUGAUCUGUUCUAUCGAUUUAAUAUAGCCUGAUCUGUUAUUGUGCAUGAUGCGUUUUGACACAGACGUUUUACAAUAAGAGGGCAGAUAUCAGAUAUUUACUGUGUCUCUGCUUUAUGCAGAGAGACUGAUCACGAUCCCAGGAGAGCUCUGGGUGAAGGGAGCUCUGGGCGGGAGGAGAGCUGUGCAGCUAUUUACUAAAAUCUAUAUCUAGAAAUGAAACGUUCCUCCUAUACAUUUUGUAAAUGGCAUUAUUUUUAUUUAUUUUUUAUUCUUUUGCGUCACUGAAUUCUGUCCAAUGUCUUGUGCUUUAUUGACUAAACAGUUAUUUAUAGUUAAUUGAAAACCUCCCUGUAAUAAGUCAUUCUACGAAUAUAUAUAAAAAAUAUACCCCACAUUAUGUCCCACUCAGUUUGCUGUUUAGUGAAUAUGCCCCAAGGGGAUGAUUUCCUCUCGUUUCCUGCAUUUAACCAUUUUAAAGGAAUUGUUUUCGGCCUCCUCCGAUGUAGAGAUGAAUUUGCAGUGUUGCUGUAAUUGGCCAUAAGUAUGUCCUGUACAGGUAUAAAUACAUCAUCUUCCUCUCAUUGUGCUGCUUUGGAUCUUAAACCGUGAUCCUCUCCCAAAAUCUCUUCUGCUUUCUGGGGUUUUAAUUACCGGGAGAAUCUAGAACCAGAGCGGUAAUAGCUGCGCCAGGGGGAUCUAGAUGCACUGACUGAAAGGACGUAACAUAAAAUCACUCUGUGCAUCGCUGCAAACACUGCUUUUAGUAAAUCUCUAGUUAUAAAUAUAUUAAUAGUCAUUAUUACCUAAUACUGCAAGGAAUAUCAAUAUAAUUUGUCCUGCAUUAUCUACAAACCGGCCCAAACUGCAAAAAAAAUGGAUACGUCUCCAUUCCCACUUUGUGUUGGGUCUAGUGAGCCUCGUUUAAUUUUUAUCACAAUGUACUGUUAUUAUUAGUGCCACCAUAUUCCGCAGCGCUGUACAGUGGGUGGACUAACAGAGAAGUAUUUGUAACCAGAUGAAUUGGACACUGUUAUGGCUCUAGGUUCAUGUUUAACAAGCCACGUCCACCACUUCAACCCUAACGUGACUCUUCUUGGUGCCCUGCUCAUGGAACCCACCAUUUGGUAUACCAUUGGGCAGUGUAUUUCCAAGUUGUGGAUCGGUCCGGGUUUGUGACUCUCUGUUCCAUUUAAAUGUAGCAUUAAACGGUGCGGUAUGUCUUGCUGGUUACAGACACUGUGAUUGCUUUGUCCGUUUAAUCCACAGGUUUCGAGCUUGUAGGGUGCGAAGACUUGCUAAUAAUUUAGGGGUUAUUAGCACUUUAACACCCGGAGAAUCCUAUAACUCCGCUACUGAUUCUUUCCAUCAAGCUCUCUCUGACACCUUCAUGGUAAUGGCCUCUCUAAGCUUAAAGGGAGAUAAAUUAUUUGUAUUAUAUAAUUUGAUCCUAGUGCCAUCAGCAGGCAUGUCUUUGAGAUUUGCCGGUGGGGUAGUUGCACUUCGGCUGUUAAUGUUCUUCCGAAUGCAAUCAAGAAAGAGAGUUAUAUUAUAGAUUGGAUCCUUGUAAAAGAAUUCAGAAAUUCUACUUGUUAGACGCCGUCUGGAGGGAAAAUGAGCCUAUUGAAAGCUAUUACUGCUGGACACUAUGUGUCGAGGAAAUUUCAGAAGAACGUGGGGCCGCGAGUCAUUUAAUACUCCCAUCUCGAGAGACUCUUCAAAAAUAGCGAAAAUAUCAGAGCAUCGCGAGUGCCUAGAACACCACAAUAGGGGUCUCCAGGAACAGCGGGCUCCGUCUAUUAAUAUUAAUAUUCCUUAUUCCUCUCUUUGUAUUUACAGUAACUGUGGAGGCAACAAACAAUCCAACUGCACUGAAAAUGAAAGGGGAAAAAUAUAUAUAUAAUUUUUUUUUUUUUUAGUAAAUGUUUUUUUUUAUCAUUACAAUGUGCUAAGGUAAAAGAGCAGAAUGAUAUAUUCUCGCAUUUAAAAAUAUAUAUUUUUUAAACAAAUUUUUCUAAUAAAUUUGUUCAUUUGGGAUUUCCCCCUCCGGUUUUUAUGUAGUAUAUUGGUGGAUAUCAUUUAUGCAUAAAGCAUGCGGCUGUCGCGAAUUUUCUAAAUUCAACCAAACUGGGUAAAUUGUUAUUGUAGCGUAUCUUAAAGACACACUCCAAGUGUUCGGUUGUGGUUAUGGUGCCCGUUGCCCCUUCUAAGUCCGCCAACUGUUUUUAGGAUAGUUUUGUAGCCCAUGGAUCAGCGCAGCUAAGAGGAAUAGGCCUUGACAGAGCCAGGAGGUAGGCAUAGCAGCCACAGGAAUUUAGUGACAGCCAGCAUGCUGGGUAGGGCGGAGCCAUAAGGGGAGUAUUUAUACCAGCCAUUAUGUGAAGUGGCCAUUUUAACUGAACCUAAGCUUACCUGUCAGUUGUGAAAGCUGCCUGCCCUGGAGGGAGAAGGCAGCAUGGAGGCAGCAUAGCAGAACAGGCAGCAUGGAGAACAGGCAGCAUGAAGAACAGGCAGUACUGAGACAGGAGACAGCAUGGAGAUACAGGAGAGGCUGGAGUGAGCUGCUACUACAUGAUCACUCCCAUCAGCAGCAUGGAGGCAGCAUAGAAGAACAGGCAGCAUGGAGGCAGCAUGUAGAACAGGCAGUACUGAGACAGGAGACAGCAUGGAGAUACAGGAGAGGCUGGAGUGAGCUGCUACUACAUGAUCACUCCCAUCAGCAGCAUGGAGGCAGCAUAGAAGAACAGGCAGCAUGGAGGCAGCAUGAAGAACAGGCAGUACUGAGACAGGAGACAGCAUGGAGAUACAGGAGAGGCUGGAGUGAGCUGCUACUACAUGAUCACUCCCAUCAGCAGUAUGGAGAACAGGCAGUACUGAGACAGGAGACAGCAUGGAGGGACAGGAGAGGCUGGAAUGAGCUGCUACUACAUGAUCACUCCCAUCAGCAGUAUGGAUUCGGCACCCAGCCAGGAGGCAAGAGGGUCGGACAGCACCGGGAAGCGGCCGGCGCCGCGGUGCCGGUCAGGCGAGGACGGCCACGAAGCGCGGGCCUGCUGGUAAACGCGCCCCACCCAAGAUGGCGGCAGGCAGCACAGGAACCCCAGAGGAGGGCUCCAGCACGGCGGGAAUGGCGGCCGGGAGAGCGGAGGAACACGUGGUCGGCAGCACUUCAGUGAGGCGUCCCGGUGAGUCCACUCUGGUCACUGAGGGGCGGGCGGGACGCGGGAUGUUCCAGCGCAGGCGGCCCCCCAGCAACCCAGGGGUGGCCUGGUCAGCGGGACCAGCUCGCGGGCGGCCUUAGGUGUGGCCGGGACGGGCGACAGUGCCAGGCAUAGGGAGGAGGGACGGCAGGAUCGGACAGGGAGCGGCAGAGGUUCCAGCGGGCUGCCAGGGGGUGCAAGGGGCAUCUGAGCCAGGCGCAGCGGCCAACAGAUGGCCAGGUACAGCGGAGAAAGGGGACACACGCAGUACAGCGCGGGAUAGGGAAGUCAGGAGCAGUAGCAGUGGAAGGUUGGGCCCCUCAGGCUGCUCUCACGGGGGGCACCGCAGCAGGACCAGGGAGCGGGAGGAGUACAGACGGGAGCGGCGCAGCGGUGGCGCCAGGCCCGGCAGCAGCAGGAGGUCAGCUGAUCGGCAGUGGAGCAGGGACAGGAGUCCAUCGCAUAGCAGGCGCAGUGGUUCCAGGACCAGCUGCAGGGCGGGGAGAAGGAGGUCCGCGUCCAAGGACGGGCGGGGGCGGAGGCGGCGCAGUGCAUCUGGGUCAUCGGGUGACAGUGCACUAGGACAGCAGCGGGCCCCCCAGGAGCAGGGAAGCUAGGCCGGCAAGGCGGUGCGAAGCUUGGAAUUGCGGAGAAGAGCGUAGGGAGGAAGGACGGGUAGGGGCCCAGCAGUACAGACUACCCAGGUUGUCUUCUCCUUACAGGUCGCAGAGCACUACCCCUACGGUCCUGAGGAGGGAUCAGGCGGAUGGGAGUCGGCGUCAACCGAAUGCUCCGGAGCCUGAACGGGUGGACGGAAGGUCGGCAACCCCGGAGCCUGGCACGGCCGGGGUCUCCAACGGUGAGUCCAUAUCUGCACAACACUCCGGACAGUUAUUGGGCUAUUUAAAAACACUAUUGGAGGCAUGGUCAGGGAAGGGGGAAUCACCAUUACAGUUCGGAAAGGUAUGGUCCCCUGACACGGCGGUUAAGGCAAUAGGGGCGGGGGUCCAACCGGCGAGCGGAGGCGAGGUAAGCGAAGCGGUAGUGGCGUCCGGUGCGGCGGAUGGGGGGGCUGAGUCGGCGGUCGGGUGUGGCGACAUUUCGGACGCGGCACGUCAAAACGUACACGUAUCUUUUGCGGGCCCCCUAGGUUGUCACCUGAAAUUAGAGGUUAAAGAAAAGAUUUGGAAGGGGGAGUUCAUGGAAAAUUUUUCUUUGCUCCCUUUGGAGGAAUUCCUAGACUUGAAGGAGGAGGAUAAGAAGGACGCCAAGAAGGAGGAAGAAGAAAAAAGGCGGAGGUAUCGCAAGAUACCGAAGACUUUGGGGAAUUGGCUGAGGGCGUUCUGCAUCCUGGCUAGUGUGAUAGGGAAAAAAAAAAAAAAGGCCAGGGAACUGUGCGCAACUGUUCUGCUACUUGGAUGGGAUAGGCGAUGCGUAUCGGACGUAUGGGGGCCUAGCGUGGUGGAAAUAUGAUGAGCAGUUUCGGCAACGCUUGGCGGCCAACCCUACCAUGCGGUGGGACCAAAUGGACCUGCCGCUAUGGAUGAGGAUUAUGAUGGCGCAGAAGGCUGCGCCCUUUCUCGGGGCAGCUGGGACAGCCUCAGGCGUGGCUGUGCCAGCGGGACAAAAGAAGGGCCUGUGCUGGACGUACAACGAGGGUCACGGCGCCAGCAGAUGCUUCAAGAAAGGUAAGCUCAAUGCAGGGGGUGGAACCGCAGGGGUGGCGGCCACCUCGGCUGCAACUGGGGGCGUCCCCAGUGAGGUUAGGAGCGAUGUUGCCUUGGCUAAGGCAAUACGCUAACCAGGAGGAUGCAGCGUUCCUGUGGCGGGGUUUUAGGGAGUGCUUCGUGAUCCCCUUCACGGUUAAGGAACCAGGGGCGGUUUGUGCCAAUCUUAAAUCUGUGCGGGAACGCCCGGAGGUAGUGCGGGAAAAGAUGGCCAAAGAGGUCCUUUUGGGGAGGAUGGCGGGGCCGUUCCCGUAUCCUCCUAUAGCGGAGUUGCGGAUAUCCCCACUUGGAGUGGUCCCCACAAAAGAGGCUGGCAAGUUUAGGUUGAUUCAUCAUUUAUCGUAUCCUAAAGGGUCAUCGGUGAAUGAUGACAUCGACGCAGCACUCUGUUCAGUAUCUUACACAUCAUUUGACAGGGCAGUCGAGUUGGUACGGAGAGCUGGGCGGGGAGCGCUGAUGGCAAAGGUGGACGUGGAGGCAGCGUUUCGGCUGCUUCCCAUACACCCGUCAUGUCAUCACCCUUGGGGUGUUGUUUUGAAGGGGGCUUCUUUGUGAAUCUGUGCUUGCCGAUGGGUUGUUCCAUCUCGUGCGCCUAUUUCGAGAAGUUUAGCACUUUUCUGGAAUGGGUAGUGCGACGGGAAUCGGAGGGGGGCACGGUUGUGCAUUACCUGGACGACUUCUUAUGUGUCGGCCCUCGAGGCUCAGACCGGUGCAAGCAGAUACUACGGGUGUUCCAAUGGGUAGCGCAGACGAUGGGGGUUCCUUUGGCGGAGGACAAGACCGUGGGACCCGCCACGUGUCUUAGUUUUCUGGGUUUGGAGAUCGAUUCGAAGAUCGGGGAAUGUAGAUUACCACAGGACAAGUUGCGCAAGCUGAAAGACUUGGUGCACACAAUUGGGAGAGCACGGAAGGUGACGCUGAGGGGAUUACAGUCUCUGGUAGGGAGCCUGAACUUUGCGUGCAGGGUCAUACCCAUGGGGAGGGUUUUCUGUAGACGAUUGGCGCGGGCGACGAGCGGGAUACGGAUGCCGUCACACUAUAUCAGGGUUUCCGCGGACAUGAGGGCGGACUUAGAGGUGUGGGAUCGUUUUUGAGGGACUUCAAUGGCAAGGCCUUUUUUCGGGAGCAAGUGGUGUCUUCGGAAGCAGUGGGGCUGUUUACGGACGCUUCGAGACGCCAUGCUUGGAGGAUCGAUACAGAAUCCUAUGGCACCGGGCAGAGGGACUGCCUAUGUGAACGUUUGAGAUAUGUGGGACAAGGCGGUUGGUUUCACUGUGGGGGCCCAGUCAAAGGAGGGGCGAAGGGAUACCUUGCGGUGGUUCCUAAGCCGUUUGUUUGUUCAGCGUUAGCUCCAUCAGCAAGGGACAGGAGCAUGGUGGCAUUGUCGUUAGGGUUUAAACUGACUGAUUGGGAGGAAGUGACGGAACGUUGUCACGUCCGUCAGGCAUCGCGGGUCUUACGGAGAGAUAUGAAAUAUGUCGGUGGCGGGUUUCCUUGGGUAACGCAACGCCUGGUGGUGUAUUACCCAAUUUUGCAGUGAGUUUGCUUGCGGUGGCCUUUUCGGAGACUUGGGGCAGUUUGGAUUGGGGAACUGGUGAGUGCCUUCGGGCAGGUGUUGGGGAGUUCUACACUUGGUUGUCGAACCUUAGUCGGUUAAGGUAACGAUUCAGUAGGGUUGUUCAAGAACGAAUGUGUCUGGUAAAGGAGGUUUGGUAAAGCUAUAUUCCCUGCCGGGGUCACGGGUACGCCCGGUGUUAAGCGCAUCAUGCUACUUGGAGCUUUGCCCGGACAUCCCGGGUGGCUUACUGGUAAAAGGGGACAGAUCGGUGCUGUCACGAUUCAAUUCCCGCAGGUGUUUGACAAUGUUGGGUUUGGAUCCCGGGCACUUUGGGACCCAUUCUUCCCAGGUGAUGGCGGUAACAGAGGCACCCCACCUGGUUUUAAGUGAGGACCUAGGGAAACGUUUAGGCAGGUGGGAGUCAGUACGGUUUAAGUCCUGUUUCAGGCCAGUCUAUUUGGUUUAAUGGCUAUGGACGUAUGGGUUUGUGUUUGGGGCUAUGCCGUGUCGCUAAUUACUUUCGUUUCAGGUUUGGUGACAUGGUUGGUGGGUCAUUCUUAUAUCUAAGGGGCACAGAUGGGAGCCGCGUUUCAGUUCAAACGUAACUGGGCUUUCCUUUGAAAUUGGUGGAGCAGGAGUGGUUUUGCUUUUCAGGGAUUUUGGUGGCAAGACAUUAGGGGAGAAAUUUUUCCGGGAGGUAACAAAGGGUACUUUCCAGGACAUUCUGGAUAUUGGCAUGGUCCCGGAAAAGGAAUUGAUCAGGUGGAGGCAGAGGGAGGUGGACCAGCUAUGGGAGCUGGCCACGGGUGUGGUGGUGGUGCGGUCCGAGAUGGUUCCUUGGUUACAUUGGAGACAUACUACGUACCCGGCCGUGGUAGCUCGGUGUCGAGGACGACUUAAUAAAAAAUUGAUGGCAGUAUUUAUCAGAGGUGGGGGCGGUGUAACAGUGAGACACAACGAAUUGGGAAGAAAGCUCCCUGGGUACUCCAGGUGGGAUGGGGUACAUUUUCGGAUGUAAGGUGUGAUCUGUUUAAAUUGGGCCUUCAGGAAGGCAUUCAACAGGCCUUAUUCCGGUGUGGUGGGGGUCGCUCAGGAGCUUUAGGUGUCAAGUCCUGAGCUGUGGCGGGGAAUGGCCUGGUUAAAUCGGAGGGUAGAUGGAGGAGAAAGUGGGCAUCCUGAGGUUUAGUGUGGAUUGGGCAGUGUUGCACGUGGUUGGUAGGUUCGAGCCCGUCGGUGGCUCCGAACCUGGGGGUGUGGUGGUGUCUUGGUACACCCUACACUGGAACUGGUGGGUAGCGGUGUCUUGGUACACCCCUACAAUGGAUAUGGUGGGUAGCGGUGUCUUGGUACACCCCUACAAUGGAUAUGGUGGGUAGCGGUGUCUCGGUACACCCCUACAAUUUAACCUGGUGGAAAUGUGGUCAAAUUGGACGGCCAGUUUCUGUGUUAACAUGUUAUUUAUAUUGUUAUCUAUUGUUAUUAUUGUGGGGUCAUUGCUAGGGGUAUGUUAUGUAUAUGGGGGAGGUUAACAUUAUUAAGAUUUGUUGGCAAUGACCCCAUUUGUUAUUCCUUAAUUAUUUAUUAAUAAUUUAAUAAAGCUGUGGACAAAUUAUUUCCAACAGUAUAACCUGUGUCCGUGUUUUAAUGGGGGUUGGGGUAAGGUUAGCGCAUAUGCCGGCAAAUCCGACUGUGCGCCUGUCAUGUAGCCCAUGGAUCAGCGCAGUUAAGAGGAAUAGGCCUUGACAGAGCCAGGAGGUAGGCAUAGCAGCCACAGGAAUUUAGUGACAGCUAGCAUGCUGGGUAGGGCGGAGCCAUAAGGGGAGUAUUUAUACCAGCCACUAUGUGAAGUGGCCAUUUUAACUGAACCUAAGCUUACCUGUCAGUUGUCCCUCCCACCCUCCCUGUAUUUGGUUAGGUUAGUUGAUUUCCCGUUUUUUCACAGCGGCGGGGAAUGGCCUGGUUAAAUCGGAGGGUAGAUGGAGGAGAAAGUGGGCAUCCUGAGGUUUAGUGUGGAUUGGGCAGUGUUGCACGUGGUUGGUAGGUUCGAGCCCGUCGGUGGCUCCGAACCUGGGGGUGUGGUGGUGUCUUGGUACACCCUACACUGGAACUGGUGGGUAGCGGUGUCUUGGUACACCCCUACAAUGGAUAUGGUGGGUAGCGGUGUCUUGGUACACCCCUACAAUGGAUAUGGUGGGUAGCGGUGUCUCGGUACACCCCUACAAUUUAACCUGGUGGAAAUGUGGUCAAAUUGGACGGCCAGUUUCUGUGUUAACAUGUUAUUUAUAUUGUUAUCUAUUGUUAUUAUUGUGGGGUCAUUGCUAGGGGUAUGUUAUGUAUAUGGGGAGGUUAACAUUAUUAAGAUUUGUUGGCAAUGACCCCAUUUGUUAUUCCUUAAUUAUUUAUUAAUAAUUUAAUAAAGCUGUGGACAAAUUAUUUCCAACAGUAUAACCUGUGUCCGUGUUUUAAUGGGGGUUGGGGUAAGGUUAGCGCAUAUGCCGGCAAAUCCGACUGUGCGCCUGUCAUGAUUUCUGACCUGAGAUUGCUCUGUGCCUCCACUACUUCCAGCAGAGAACCGAAGCUCUCUGUCCGAGCUUGGCCCUGCAGUGCAGGAUUGAGAAGAUUGGCUGAUAGCAACCAGCUGACAAUCUGCAGACAUUCCUCAGCAGCUGGAGUGUUAAUCCUGAGAAUAAAGUUAUUAGUAAUAACAUCGAUAUAGACCGCUGUCUGCUCUAAUAUACUGUUUCACUAAAUUAUUAUUUAAUUUACGGAAUUUCUGUCAAUAACUUAAUCACCUAAUUGUGACAGACUGCUCUUAAUUUAAAUAGAACGUGUAACUUUAAUUAGUUUCUGUAAUAUAUUAGAUGAGAAGUGGGAUCUGGAGCCAUGUUAUUGCCAGCGAUAGCUCACCAAUCCGAUACGCCAAGUGCAGACAGACACACAGACACUGGAUCGGACCAUGUAUGGCGCAGGGACCAGAGACCAUAUUCUUCUAUGUAUGUUUUAUGUUCCAGAACGUCUUUAGUACCUGCUGGUCCUUCUCAUCUCUCUAUAAAGACAUGCGGGCCAGACUUUCUCAAACACACAAUGAGCACGGGAAAUGGACAAAUGAAAAUCAAAUUAUAGAUGAAAAAUCUUCUCUUUUUUUUUUCUCCAGUCCUGCCGGUGUUUUGUUUGGUUAUUUCAAACUGAACGUAGCAAUUUCCUUAUCCAUUCUCCAUAAAUCCUGCUUCAUUGGAGAGGGAGGAUAUAAGAUCAGUGUAUAGUAAAUAUAACCCAGCAUAGUAUUAACGCUCUUCGUCUGUGGAGGAGAACUUGCUGGGCUUCUAAUAAAAUUUAUUAUUGACUUUCAAGUCAAAGAAAGUUGUGUAUAAACCGGAAAAGAAAAUCAAUUAUCAAAUCCUACUAAUGUUUAUUAAUAACAUUCAAAAUUCUCUAUUGGGAUUCCGUAACAAAGAAGGUUUUCAGUUUAGGAACCGCUUUGAGAAGAAAUCAUGCAUGUUUUUGCCACAUGACAAGUCUUUGUGAUUCGAGUUUAAAACCAUUAAUUUUGGCAAUUGGACAACAUAUUUUACUUAUUUGCUGUAGAAGAAAACAUGGAUUUUCAGUGCAGUUGUGUUGAAAGUGAUUAUCGGCACACAGUAACAAAUGGGAUUAUUUGCUGUUCCCCGAUUAUUUACCCGGAAAAAUGAAAUCCCAGGGCAGGGUGUGCUGUGUAGCCAAUUCAGUCCGUGCUUGGAGAUAAGGGUCACGGUGGAAUGAUAUUUUAAUUGAUGGAAGUCAACAUGUGGAGGUUGAUCUGAUAAACUUGUAUUCAUCAGAUUGUCGCUGGUCUUUUGAUUUGAGGAGAGGUCACGGGACACUGGGCUCAGUAAGUUUCCAUCCAUGAUCAAUACAGACAACAAACAGACUCACACUGACAAACCUAAAAUUAAAGCGGUGCUGAUGGAUCUUCACAAUGGACACAUUGGUUAUUCCAGAAUAUCAUACGACAGUGGCCGGUGUAUAGUAAGAACCAAAGCACAAGCUGGACACGUGGAAUAGGGCCGUGGCCAGAGACAUAGAAAACACCCAAGAUGCAAAACUAGCCGCGCUUUGGUGGUGGAAAAUGCUUUGUUGGAGAAGCAAUUCUGCUCCGGAAUAGUAACAGGAGUUAGUAGAAUUAUUUUAUUUUCUUUGUUUGGGAAGUUUUCCGUCAUGGGCCUUAAUACCCAUUAAAGUCUCACAGAACCAACAAACUGAGCUGGGCCAAGCUGUAAAGUGACCAGUAGAUCCCCAGGAUGGGAUUUAGGGCCAGGGGCUGGCCAUUUAUGUUUCAUAUAAACUGCGAGAGUGUUUGUAACACUGUUACUUGUACCUGGGAAUUGAAAUGCAAUUUAUUCAGUUAAAACUGCUCUGUUUUAAUGUUUCCUGAGCGCUCGAUGAAUCAAUCCUGGUGAAAUGUUAAAAGGCAAUCUCUAUACAAUAUAAAUUAUAUAAAUUAGAAAGGGUACUGUAUGUAAGUGUGUGACUCGAUAAGUGAAAGGAAGGUUUAAUUGAGCAAUACUUCCACACAAUGCAUUAUGUUUAUUAAUGUUUGAAAUCCUCUCCCUUCCUAAACGUAGCGACGUCUCUCUGUGCUGCAGCAAUUUAAUGUAAUAACCCGCAAUACGAAGUGUGUUGGUGGUGGAGACGUGAAAUGGAUUAAAUGGGUUUGUUUACAUAGAUGGAUCCGUACGGAGACCGUAACAGCUGCCAAGCACAUUUAUAUUAGAAGUUCCUGAUUGUAUUUACCAGUUUAACAUAUACUUCCUGAGUAGCGGACAAUUACACAAAAUCCAGGUGAAAAAUUCAGUGUUUUAAAACACCAUAAAUUCCUCCAUUUAAUAAAACAUUAAAGAUCACCUGUAACUUGUGUUAACAUUUUUAAUUUGAUUAUAUUUUGUUUUGUGGUUUGCUUUUUCGUUUCUUUUCGAAUCAAUUUUAUAUGAAAGAUGUAAUUGACAUCACAGUCCAGUCCAGGCACAGCCAAGGCACACAAUGCAAAUGAGAAGGAGAACAGAAACCGUGUUUCCGACUUGUAUCAUCUUGGCAGAAAGGGCAACAUUUAUAACUAUGAUUGACAGGCAGCCAAGAAGGAGCUGCUCAGUUCUUUCCCCAUUAAAGAGGGAUGGCGGCCUUGAUUUCUUGUGAGCUUUUUUCCCCAUCCCUGUACAGAAAAAUGCUGGGAGAUUGGGUGCAGUCUGACGCAAUGUAUUUAUUUUUACCCUGGCUUUUUAUUAUCUUAUUUUUUAUCCAUUCUGGUUUUAUUAAUAUUUGGAAGCUUCCUGCAUCCCAAGAAAUCCUAGGUGGGGAUUAAUCCACUUAUGCUGAUACCACAGAGCAGUCCGUCUGCUCUUUACUUGUAAGUACGUUUUUAUUUAAUUUAUACCACCAUUACUAUACAGUGAGCACUAUUGGCUGUUUGUUCUUUCCUGAGAACCGGACACCACUGACGGAGAGGUACCCACCACAUAUCCCAUAAGUGGGGAUUAUACCGCUGUACGCGCUUUACCCUAGAGCUGGAUAUAAGCUCUUGUAAAUGUGAGUCCUCUACCAUUGUUUUUUUAUUACAUCCACAAUUGAGCUAUACAUAUUGCACUAUUGGUUGUCCUUCUCUUUUAUCUUUUAUAUAAGCGGAACCACUAUAUCUGAAGAUCCUACCACAGUGCCAGCCUCCUAUAAAGACUAUUCGUAAGGAUAUACAAAUUGGACAUUUUUAUUACUUGGACUUUAUUUUCUCUUAAUAUUUUAUGUGGCACAGCCUUUUUUAUUUGCUACUUUUAUUUAUCUUGUUUUAAAGGGUGUUUGAGGGAUUCCCUUUUAAAGGUUCCUGCCUACAAGUUGACCAGCGCUGUCUCAUCCAUUUUCGAUUCCCAAUAUUGGAUGCUUCCAAAAUGAUAUUCUGCAAUCUCUUAGCACACUUUGUACAUUUAUUCCCAAUUCACCAGGAUAACCGAGUUUGGUCACAAAGUAUCCAAUGCCGCUUACAUUUCUAUGUCUAACCUUAUUAUUUGGAGCAAUUUAUUAUAUCUAUCAGCAUUCCUUCUGUUGCUUAUUUUAUGAAUUUAGGUAAAGCCCGCUUGACGCAUUUUACCCCAGAUAGCGGUUAAUGGCCGUCCACUUGUCUGUCCAGAUCUUAUAGAUUGUUUUAAGCAAUGUAAGGGAGUUUAACGUGAGGAUAAUCAGAUUAUUUUUUUUUUUUUUUUAUAUAUAUAUUGCUGCAGUGAUUUAUGGGAUACAAUUAGACCCCUUAAACCAAAACGAGAGGUUCCUGAUUGGUGGAACGUCUUAUUUGGUCUGAGAGGACUUUCUGAAUACCAUCACUACUGUUUUCCAGUUAUAUAAAAGCUUUGUUUUAGUUAUCCGUCAUUCAGCUUCUUACAAAUGUAAAGUUAAUAUAGCUAAACUGGAAUAAAUUCCCCCAACUAAACAAUUUUUUUCCAACUUUUUUUUUUUUUUUUGUCGUAAAAUAAUUGUUGAUUUACUGAACAUUCUUGUAAUUUCUCCACAAUUCCUAGUUUAGUGCUUAGCUCUGUACGUGUCGAUUUAGCAAGUAACGAUGUAUGAUACAAUGUACCCCAGGCAGGUAAACUGUGGUAUUUUACUACUCGUUAUGGGUCGUAGAGAGCAAAGAGGGAUACUGACCAUUCAGCUUGCUGUCUCUCUCUCUAAAUAGGAGCCUCAUCCUCUGCCCCUUAUAUCCCAUUAUUUAAGCAUUUAAUUGGAUUAUUCACGGCCCCUCAGGACAGAUCUUGCUGUAGGACGAGCAUCCGCGUAAAACAAAAACUGUCUCUUUGUCCGAUGAGCUUUGAUGUAAAUGAGUUAAUUUUCCGCUGAUGUGAGGUUUCAGGUUUACAAACAGACCAGCUGUAUGUCCGAUGAAUACUCGCUGUGAAGGGAGCAUUUAGUCACAGAGUGCGUUGAAUCCCGCAGAGCACGUGCCUCUCGUUUAUAUGUGUUGUUAAUGGGAGGAAUGAGACUACAAAUUUUUUUUUUUUUAAAUUCUUUAUUUUUGCAGUGCAUUUGGAAUAACAUAUGUGCACGGGGUACCCCAAAGGCAAUCCGCAUGCUUUGCAAACAUCAAGAACAAUGGAGUAUACAUUGGUACUUGCACAGUUUUUAGUUAGGAGAUGAAGUCGUGUUUAACAUAGAUUAGUAGCAGAUAGUAUCUGUUAAUCAUAGCUUAUUUAGAAGCGUUCACUGUUAGACAUGCAUAACUUUGGGUACAUAAUGUUUGGCAACUAUUCGAGGGUUCAAGACAGGCUAAACCAACUGCGAGGGGUUUAUAGAACUGGUAUAGGUUUGAGUGCUAUGGGACGAAUAGAACUAUGGUGAGGUGGCAUACUUUUGGUUAGGUUUGUAUAUGGCUAGAACUUUGGGAUGCUAUGCAAUAUACGCUUAUUUAAGUAGGCCAAUACCCCACUAUGCUCCCUGUAUUUUCCCUGUCUCACAAUGGGUCUGAGCUGCUUGCUCUUGGGUUUAAAUUGCACUCUAGUCUGGAGCUGCAGUGGGAUGACCACAGUAAAGGGGUGCUAAACCAUUAAAACAGCAUAUUAAGAUAUGGAGAUAACGUGUUGCUUAUUUCUGGGCUGUCUACUUGCUCACCCUAGGGGGCCCCCUUGGAGUGGUAGAUAAAGGCAUUAUCAAUCGAGAGUCAAGAAAAAGGAGAAGAGAUAUAUCAGCUAUCAGGACUGCUGGUAUAAUCACAUGCAAAGAACAAUAACUAAAAAUAAAAAGUAAAUAAAAAAUAAAAAUCAAAUCAGCAUUCUGAAGAAAAACAUAUUUGGUCAAUAAUAAUUCCCAAAGAAUUCCGCUUGUCAGCUCAGCUUAGCCUAUGCCUGUGAGGGGCAGGUCACGGUCCAGUCUUUGGGAAAGAUGUGGUCCCACAGCUCCCCGUUGUCUGUGCCCCUGGAUCUCCGUUUGAGGUCGAUGAAUGUGCAGGAGUUGACGGGGUCUUUUGGGUGUACCUUGCUGCUGGCGUCGGGUCGCCCCCGGGGUGUUAGGUGCUUGGUAUGAGUGUUCAGCGUGCGUCCAGGAGUGUGGGUACAUGCUGCAGUGGUCAGAGACUUCAGAUGCCGCUGGGCGGUGAGUUGGUCGGGUGUGUGUGGCUAUUUUGUGCUGCCAUAUGUGGUUACUGUUGUUGGAGCCUAGGGAGCCGUUCCCCUCUCUCCCCCCUUCCGAACUCCCGCCUCUUCUCUGUCUGAGGGCCCUUCUGGGGACUCGGGUCGGGCAACCACUCAAGAGGCGUCGGGUGGCAGGACGAAUCCAUGCCGCCGCUUCUUUUCUCGCUUGUUUGAAGAGCCGGCGCCUAUUGCGGAGCCCAUACCAUAGGCUUGUGCAGAGACGUUCAAAGAAGUCCAGCGUGUGACCAGGUGGUUUGGUAGGGGAGCCUUUUGUCGCUUGUCGCGCCUGUGGCGCCAUUUUGUUUGGGCCUUGACAGUCCCGUUUACCCGCAUGUGUUGUCGCUUGUUCGUGUCUUGCUGUGGGGGUAAUCGUCCCCAGCGAGGACCGGGAUAUCCCCCGCCGGUCCAGAGGGGGGGGUAGCUGGGCAUCUUGUAGUUCUCGCUUGCAAGCAGGUCCCUUGCCGGGCGAUCGGCCGCCUCCCCCAGGCUUCAGGCUCCGCUGCAGUUUAGGCCGCAUGGCCGGUACAUGUGCUCGUGAGUCGCUGUGGUGCAUGACCUGUACCGUUUUGUUCCUCGUGUGGUUCUAUAUCGGUUUCUGGACUCCGUGGGCUGUUGGCUUAAUUCGGCUUGCCAGGAUUAUCGUUUUUGUGCCCUCCGGUGUAAGAGCUCUUAGAGAGCACGUCCGGCCAUUUUGGCUGUCAGGCCCCGCCCCCCGAGACUACAAAUUUAAGUGCAUUUUUCCUUUCAGUUCUGCAUUAUUAAGCCAUGGAGUCUGCUUUACGAAGACAAUGGUAAAUCUAUAUCUCAACCCACACUAAGUGUUACCAAAAACAGAGCUAUUUACUAUCAAAGUGAGACUUCAAAGAGAAUUCCAGACACAGUCAGAGAAGCCAAUGAAAGCAGAGUUGACCUUGAGAACUUUCCCAGUUCGGCUAUUUUGACUUUAAAUUUGAAGUUUGAAUUCACCUUAAUUCCUCACUUUACUGAACACCCCUGGGGGUGUACAUAUCCGGUGUAGAUAUCCAUACAGCUUGUUGGUGCAAAGAGAAAUCUUUAAAUGAGAUAUUUCAAUAAUAAUAAUAAAACCUAAUAUUUCAGCAGAAGCAGAGAUGUGAGGGUGAACUUGAUGCACUGCAGGUCUGCAUUACAAUGUAUCCCGUGUCCACUGGAAUGCUGAAAGGCCACAUGUGUGUACCUCUAUACACCACAAAUUUACUCACUGUGUUCUGUGUCAUUAAGGGGUAUUACCUUUCCAGCAGCGAGACAAGGGGCGCCCUUCACCGUCAAACUAUUCCCCUUCUAUAACUAAAAUGGUUAGAUGGGAGUAGGAGGAGGAAUGGUUAGAUGGAAUGAUGGGAGUAGGAGGAGGAAUGGUUAGAUGGAAUGAUGGGAGUAGGAGGAGGAAUGGUUAGAUGGAAUGAUGGGAGUAGGAGGAGGAAUGGUUAGAUGGAAGGAUGGGAGUAGGAGGAGGAAUGGUUAGAUGGAAUGAUGGGAGUAGGAGGAGGAAUGGUUAGAUGGAAGGAUGGGAGUAGGAGGAGGAAUGGUUAGAUGGAAGGAUGGGAGUAGGAGGAGGAAUGGUUAGAUGGAAUGAUGGGAGUAGGAGGGGGAAUGGUUAGAUGGAAGGAUGGGAGUAGGAGGAGGAAUGGUUAGAUGGAAUGAUGGGAGUAGGAGGGGGAAUGGUUAGAUGGAAUGAUGGGAGUAGGAGGAGGAAUGGUUAGAUGGAAUGAUGGGAGUAGGAGGGGGAAUGGUUAGAUGGAAUGAUGGGAGUAGGAGGAGGAAUGGUUAGAUGGAAUGAUGGGAGUAGGAGGAGGAAUGGUUAGAUGGAAUGAUGGGAGUAGGAGGAGGAAUGGUUAGAUGGAAUGAUGGGAGUAGGAGGAGGAAUGGUUAGAUGGAAUGAUGGGAGUAGGAGGGGGAAUGGUUAGAUGGAAUGAUGGGAGUAGGAGGGGAAUGGUUAGAUGGAAUGAUGGGAGUAGGAGGAGGAAUGGUUAGAUGGAAUGAUGGGAGUAGGAGGAGGAAUGGUUAGAUGGAAUGAUGGGAGUAGGAGGAGGAAUGGUUAGAUGGAAUGAUGGGAGUAGGAGGAGGAAUGGUUAGAUGGAAUGAUGGGAGUAGGAGGAGGAAUGGUUAGAUGGAAUGAUGGGAGUAGGAGGGGGAAUGGUUAGAUGGAAUGAUGGGAGUAGGAGGAGGAAUGGUUAGAUGGAAUGAUGGGAGUAGGAGGGGGAAUGGUUAGAUGGAAUGAUGAGAGUAGGAGGAGGAAUGGUUAGAUGGAAUGAUGGGAGUAGGAGGAGGAAUGGUUAGAUGGAAUGAUGGGAGUAGGAGGAGGAAUGGUUAGAUGGAAUGAUGGGAGUAGGAGGAGGAAUGGUUAGAUGGAAUGAUGGGAGUAGGAGGAGGAAUGGUUAGAUGGAAUGAUGGGAGUAGGAGGGGGAAUGGUUAGAUGGAAUGAUGGGAGUAGGAGGGGGAAUGGUUAGAUGGAAUGAUGGGAGUAGGAGGAGCAACGGUUAGAUGGAAUGAUGGGAGUAGGAGGAGGAACGGUUAGAUGGAAUGAUGGGAGUAGGAGGAGGAAUGGUUAGAUGGAAUGAUGGGAGUAGUUACCUAGAUGGUGGUUUUAACGCUAUAGGGUCAGGAAUACAUGUUUGUAUUAAAAGGACACUAUAGUCACCAGUGCAACUACAUGUAUUCCUAACCCUAUAGUGUUAACACGACCAUCGAGCCCACCUGGGUCCCUCAUGCCUCCAUAAAUAUAGUAAAAAUCUUACUGUAUUCAAGCCAGAAGCUGUAAAUCUGCAUGCUGAAACUCAGGAAAAACAAGCAGUCUGCUGACACCAUUAGAAGUGGUGGCCUGAUCCAAUCACAAUGCUUCCCCAUAGGAUUGGCUGAGACUGACAAAGAGGCAGAUCAGGGGCAGAGCCAGCAUGAUUCAAACACAGCCCUGGCCAAUCAGCAUCUCCUCAUAGCGAUGAAUUGAAUCAAUGAAUCUCUAUGAGGAAAGUUCAGUGUCUGCAUGCAGAGGGAGGAGAUACUGAAUCACAGGAUGCUCAUGCACAGCAGAUCUGAGUGGAUGGAGGCAUAUUAUGCCUCAAUCAACUCGGAAGUCCCUCUGGUGGCAUUCUGAGUGACUGCAACAGGAGGUGUUCCUAGCUUUCAAUGUAAACACUGUAUUUUCUCAGAAAAUACAGUGUUUCCAUGAGAAAGGCUGCAGGAAGCUAUAGUUCUCACCUGAACAACCUCAUUAAGCUGAAGUUGUUCAGGUGACUAUAGUGUCCCUUUAAGACCAAAGUUGCUAAAUUGAAAACCAUAUCUAAAUCCUCUAUGCUUCUGGUUUAGAUAUGCUGGCCAAGAUCUUGAAAUUGACUUGAAUUCUCACUUUAGUGAAUAACCCCGUAUAUGAGGGCACUGUGAGGGACGGGCCUCCAAGUCUUGCCACCAAGGAUGUCCUUCCCCCUUCCCAGUAUCUCAGUCAGCACCGUCUUCAGUGAUUAUAGCAGGAUAAAGUGAUAUAGCUCCUUGACCCAGAGAUUAGUCGAGCCUUAAUGCUGGGGGUAAUCUGGUUUAUUUAAUGCAAGGCACACUCCAUUUAUACACAGACCACCAGCAUGGGGUCUCCAUACAAAGAAAUACAAACCCUUUCCAGGUGUCCCUAUGUCUGGGAGAUAAUGGAGUCAAGGACCGAUAACUUAAUUAUGUCUCUGUUACUGGGACCAACAUAGAAAAUACCCCAAAGCCACACUCUAUUUCCACAGGAACCCCACAAGUCUUUUAUCCCUGAAUAGCCUGGAUCUGAGUGCCCAAGUUGACCAAAUAGCUUUCGGAUCCGUUCUGUGGAAUGGAAUCACCACAGGGGUAAAGUUUUUAUCAGCCGGCCAUGAGGUUGUUGCCCAAAACAGUUCCAUGGAGAAAAAGACUGCAGCCGGUCAACUUUCAAGAGUUCCUGUGCGCUCAAAAACCGAAUGCUCCCCCUGGUUGUAGGGAGCGAAUGUUCCUCAUGUUCGCAUGAGUCUUUUUCCCAAAAAACGCUCUCCUUCGGUCAUACGAAUGGCGCCACCCAGAAAGAGCACUUAAGUUAAUGGGUUAUUUGAAGUUAAAGGACCACUAUAGUGCCAGGAAAACAUAUUCGUUUUCCUGGCACUAUAGUGCCCUGAGGGUGCUCCCACCCUCAGGGUCCCCCUCCCGCCCGGCUCUGGAAGGGGGAAAGGGUUAAAAACUUACCUUUUUCCAGCGCUGGGCGGGGAGCUCUCCUCCUCCGAUCCUCCUCCCCUGUUGAAAUGCGCAUCGCCGCUGCAAAGAAGCCAAGCGCCACAAGAUUCAGCUUCGCCGCAUAGGAAAAGUACAUAAUGUUUAUGGGAUUUUGCGUCUCACCGUGAAACGCGCAGCGGAGAAGUUAUCGCCUAGCCGCUGCCAGACAGCCACUAGAGUGAUUAGAAGGCUUAAUCUCCAUUCAUAAACAUAGCAGUUUCUCUGAAACUGCUAUGUUUAUUAAAAAAUGGGUUAACCCUAGCUGGACCUGGCACCCAGACCACUUCAUUAAGCUGAAGUGGUCUGGGUGCAUAGAGUGGUCCUUUAAUGAGCCAGAGGGUGGGGAAAUAGGUUUUCGUUCGGUAACUGACAGGAAAGUCAAAUAAGUGACGGAGCGUUCUGUCACAUAUAGAAUUAGAUGGGAUAAGCUCAAAGCUCACAGGAAGCAGGAUGGAUCAUUUUUAGGCUAAGUUUUUCCUAAAAUAGCCGAGCUGUUACUUUAGCAGAGUUAGAGAAACUUUUAAAAUCCACACAUUUUGACUAAAUUUAGUUUCCAUUCAGUUUUCAAUUCACACCAAUGUCCUAUUUAGUGAACAAAGCCCACCGUGAUUUAGAUGUGACUAUUCCAGAGUAGGUUGAAGCUGGUGUAGAGGUCGGUGCUUUUAAGACACAAGGUUUCUUGGCUGACGUUGCUGAUUUUUGGUUUUGUUUGCUGCAUCGUUAAUUCACUGUACCUGUAAUUUGUCUCUGCAUAUUCUGGAUUUUUGUAGUGAGUUGUUAACGUGCCCUGUUUAUGCUCGGUAUUAUUCAAUAAAUGGCUGAAACUUGGCAGAAGUUGUAAGAUGUGCAGUAUUUGUGUUUUUGAAUCCAUGCCAUUCAGAUGAGAAAUGGCAUAGUGCGUCCCGAACUUGGCUCGGCGUUGGUUCAACAUUCUCUCCUUCAGCGUUGCUUAGAGGACUCCUGGAGAUAUUAGUGCUUCGGGAAGGAAUAUAUUCUUUCACAAACACGUCUCUGUGUCACGCUCCGUUUACUACCUGCUACGCUGACCUGGCCCGGUGUCAUGCUGCCUCUGACAAGCUAUUCUGGGCUGCAGUUAUUACGCAGAUUCUCACAGCACAUGCAGGCACAAAAUAUUACUCCUCAUUCACGUAGCUAAACCGUGGGUGCAGCGUAUCUUCCACAUUCAGAGUUACCAUCUGUCCUCAAUUUGCCAGGACUAGUCCAUGUUUUGGAUUGCUGUACCACAUUACAGAGGUUGAACCAACUCAGCCAACUUGGGGCCCACAGGAAGAGAGAUUUCUGUGUGUGUUACUGUAUGUGUUGGUGUCUGUCAAUGUAUGUACAUGUAUCUGUGCGUAUACUUGACAAAAGGUGUACCUGGAAAUUAUUUUUUCCAAAAGUUAGCAAGUAUGUGCACUUACAAGUAGAAUGCCAUUUACACUGGGUUUGUUUAAUGCUAAUUACAGGGGGGUCAUUUAAUGCAGAGGGCUGAUUUUAUUGUGAAUGAAUUGGUGCCUGCCCUCUGUUCUGCCACAUGUAAUUACUAUUAUUUAUUUUAUUAUUUAUAUAGCUCCAGCAAAUUCCAUAGCGCUGUACAAUGGAAGGACUAACAAUUGUAACCAGACAAAUGGACACACAGAAACAGAGGGACUGAGGGCCCUGCUCAGUGAGCUUACAUGUUAGAGGGAGUGGGGUAUAGUGACACAGUAACAGAGGGAUUGAGGGCCUGCUCAGUGAGUUUACAUGUUAGACGGAGUGGGGUAUAGUGACAGUAACAGAGGGAUUGAGCCCUGCUCAGUGAGUUUACAUGUUAGAGGGAGUGGGGUAUAGGGACACAGUAACAGAGGGAUUGAGGGCCCUGCUCAGUGAGUUUACAUGUUAGAGGGAAUGGGGUAUAGUGACACAGUAACAGAGGGAUUGAGGGCCCUGCUCAGUGAGUUUACAUGUUAGAGGGAGUGGGGUAUAGUGGCAGUAACAGAGGGAUUGAGGGCCUGCUCAGUGAGUUUACAUGUUAGAGGGAGUGGGGUAUAGUGACAGCAACAGAGGGAUUGAUGGCCUGCUCAGUGAGUUUACAUGCUAGAGGGAGUGGGGUAUAGUGACAGUAACAGAGGGAUUGAGGGCCUGCUCAGUGAGUUUACAUGUUAGAGGGAAUGGGGUAUAGUGACACAGUAACAGAGGGAUUGAGGGCCUGCUCAGUGAGUUUACAUGUUAGAGGGGAUGGGGGAUAGUGACACAGUAACAGAGGCUGAGGGGCCCUGCUCAGUGAGGCUUACAUGUUAGGGAGGGGAGUGGGGGCAGGCUAACAGAGGGAUUGAGGCCUGCUCAGUGAGUUUACAUGUUAGAGGGAGUGGGGGUAUAGUGACACAGUAACAGAGGGAUUGAGGGCCUGCUCAGUGAGUUUACAUGUUAGAGGGAGUGGGGUAUAGUGACACAGUAACAGAGGGAUUGAGGGCCUGCUCAGUGAGUUUACAUGCUAGAGGGAGUGGGGUAUAGUGACACAAAAGAUAUAGGUAUAUGUGGUAAUGAAAUAGGUUACUAGAAUACAGUUGCAGGAGAGGAGUCGUGGUGGGGGGGAAUGAAUGAGUGAGUUUAUAAUGAUUUUUUUUUUUGAAGGAGUGGAGACUGGGUGAGCAUCUAAUGGAGGAGGGAGGUGAGUUCCACAGAAAAGGUGCAGCCCUGGAGAAAUCCUGAAGGCGAGCAUCAGAGGUGGGAGUAUGGUCUUCGGCAGAGUGCAGGGGCCUCAACGGGACAUAUUUGUGUAUUAGGGAGGAUAGGUAGGUUGGAGCAGCAUUAUGUAAGGACUUGUAAGCAAGCAACAGAAUCUUAAGUUAAGCCCUAUAUGUAACUGGAAGCCAAUGUAGGUGAGUCUCGCCACCGCAUUCAUUAUAGAUUGCUGCGGUGCAAUCUGGGAAUACGUAAGACCACUGAGACGGUCUAUGGCAAUGUCGAGAGGUCUGUGGCGGGGUAUAGAGGUCUAUGGCAUUGGAGAGAGGUAUAUGGCGGUGGAGAGAGGUAUAUGGCGGGUUCGAGAGAUAUAUGGUGGUGUAUAGAGAUAUAUAUGGCAUUGGAGAGAGGUAUAUGGCGGGGUGUCGAGAGGUCUAUGGUGGGGUAUAGAGAGGUAUAUGGCGGGUUAUAGAGGUAUAUAGAGUUGUAGAAGUAUAUGGCAGGGUGUCGAGAGGUCUAUGGCAGUGUGUCGAGAGGUCUAUGGCAGUGUGUCGAGAGGUCUAUGGCAGGGUGUCGAGAGGUCUAUGGCAGGGUGUCGAGAGGUCUAUGGCAGGGUGUCGAGAGGUCUAUGGCAGCGUGUCGAGAGGUCUACGGUAGGGUGUCGAGAGGUCUAUGAUUGGGUGUAGAGGUAUAUGGCGUUGUAGAGGUAUAAAGGUAUAUGGCAUUGUAGAGGUAUAUGGCAUUGUAGAGGUAUAGAGGUAUAAGGCAGUGUCGAGAGGUAUAAGGCAGUGUCGAGAGGUUUAAGGCGGUGUCGAGAGGUAUAAGGCGGUGUCGAGAGGUAUAUGGCAGGGUGUCGAGAGGUAUAUGGCAGGGUGUCGAGAGGUCUAUGGCAGCGUGUCGAGAGGUCUAUUGUAGGGUGUCGAGAGGUCUAUGAUUGGGUGUAGAGGUAUAUGGCGUUGUAGAGGUAUAAAGGUAUAUGGCAUUGUAGAGGUAUAGAGGUAUAAGGCAGUGUCGAGAGGUAUAAGGCAGUGUCGAGAGGUAUAAGGCGGUGUCGAGAGGUAUAAGGCGGUCUCGAGAGGUAUAAGGCGGUCUCGAGAGGUAUAAGGCGGUCUCGAGAGGUAUAUGGCAGUGUCGAGAGGUAUAUGGCCUUGUAGAAGUAUAUGGCAGUGUCGAGAGGUCUAUGGCGGGGUAUAGAGGUCUAUGGCAGUGUCAAGAGAUAUAUGGCAUUGGAAAGAGGUAUAUGGCGGGGUAUAGAGGUCUAUGGCAGUGGAGAGAGAUCUAUGGCUGGGUGUAUAGAGGUAUAUGGCAUUGGAGAGAGGUAUAUGGUGUUGUAGAAGUAUAUGGCGGUGUCGAGAGGUCUAUGGUGGGGUAUAGAGAGGUAUAUGGCAUUGUGUAGAGGUAUAUGGCAUUGUAGAAGUAUAUGGAAGUGUCGAGAGGUAUAUGGCGGGGUAUAGAGGUGUAUGGAGGGGUACAGAGGUCUAUAGCAGGGUAUAGAGGUCUAUGGCGGUGUUGAGAGGUAUAUGGCGUUGGAAAGAGGUAUAUGGUGGGGUAUAGAGGUCUAUGGUGGGGUAUAGAGUUAUAUGGCGGUGGAGAGAGAUCUAUGGCUGGAUGUAUAGAGGUAUAUGGCAUUGCAGAGAGGUAUAUGGCGGGGUAUAGAGGUCUAUGGCGGUGAAGAGAGGUAAAUGGCUGGGUAUAGAGGUCUAUGGCGGUGAAGAGAGGUCUAUGGCGGUGAAGAGAGGUAUAUGGUGGGGUAUAGAGGUAUAUGGUGGGGUAUAGAGGUAUAUGGUGGGGUAUAGAGGUAUAUGGCAGUGUCAAGAGGUCUAUGGCAUUGUAGAGAUGUAUAUGGCAGUAUAAAGGUAUAUGGUGGAGUGUGGAGAGGUCUAUGGCGGGGUAUAGAGAGGUCUAUGGCGGUGAAGAGAGGUAUAUGGUGGGGUAUAGAGGUAUAUGGCAGUGUCAAGGGGUCUAUGGCAUUGUAGAGAGGUAUAUGGUAGUAUAAAGGUGUAUGGCGUUGUAGAGAUAUAUGGCGGUAUAAAGGUAUAUGGCGGUGUUGAAAUUUAUGGUGGAGUGUGGAGAGGUCUAUGGAGGUGAAGAGAGGUAUAUGGCGGGGUAUAGAGGUCUAUGGCGGUGUUGAGAGAUGUAUGGCGGUGUAUAAUGGUCUAUGGUGGUAUAUAGAGAUAAAAAAGUCUGCAGGAAGCAUUUGUUUUUGUUUUUUUAAAUCUUUAUGGCCAGUAUUUCCUCCUGUUUGCAGAUCACCCACGCAGGCUGCUGUAGUGCUUUCCGCAUUCAUUCCAUAUGGUUUGUGCCAGAACCAGUCCCUGAUUUAAUUUCCAUUAAAAUGUUUCUCUAAUGACCUUGUUAAAGAUAAAAAAAAAAAACGCAAAUCCUCCCUGAAGCUCUCUUCAUCUUCCCUGUGUUUGCCAUAGAGCACAAAGGAUGAGAUUGGCUGCCCAUAGUUUGUGAACUACAACUCCCAUGGUGCUCAGCCAGCCUCUAUGCCAAGGAGUAUAAGCGCAGCUUUCACUGCCCCCCUAAACACUGAACCUUGAAAUGUAUGGGUCACAGCUACAAAUCUGGCAGCACUUUUCAUGUAUAGCCCGAGCCCUGUCCAGCGGAAUCCUAUUAUACAUAAUAUUAUUUAUCCUGUGUACUGCUCAUGUAUCACCAUACAGCAUAAUAGGCACAUACACUUUAAAUAAGUUACAUGUAAAUCAUAAGGGUUUUUUAAUUGUAUUUUUAAUUAAAUGGCCACUAUAGUCAUCAAAACAACAUUAUCUUAAUGAUCUAGUUUUGGACUAUAGUUUAUGCCUCUGAUGUUUCACUGCUGCAUGACAGGUGCAUUGUCGCCAUAUGGGCAGGGGUUAUCAAAACAACCCCCUACAUACCUAACCCAAUAAAACACGGACACUAAGGUAUAUGGGUAAAAAUUGUCCAAAGCUUUUAUUUUAUAACUUUGAAAAAGUCAUUGCCCCCACACCCCGUCAUACCACAUCAGUACCCCCCACAGUUAGAUCUAAAAGGCAUGUAAACUCAUUGAGCAGGGCCCUCAAUCCCUCUGUUACUGUGUCACUAUACCCCACUCCCUCUAACAUGUAAACUCACUGAGCAGGCCCUCAAUCCCUCUGUUACUGUGUCACUAUACCCCACUCCCUCUAACAUGUAAACUCACUGAGCAAGGCCCUCAAUCCCUCUGUUACUGUGUCACUAUACCCCACUCCCUCUAACAUGUAAACUCACUGAGCAGGCCCCUCAAUCCCUCUGUUACUGUGUCACUAUACCCCACUCCCUCUAACAUGUAAGCUCACUGAGCAGGGCCCUCAAUCCCUCUGUUACUGUGUCACUAUACCCCACUCCCUCUAACAUGUAAACUCACUGAGCAGGGCCCUCAAUCCCUCUGUUACUGUGUCACUAUACCCCACUCCCUCUAACAUGUAAACUCACUGAGCAGGCCCUCAAUCCCUCUGUUACUGUGUCACUAUACCCCACUCCCUCUAACAUGUAAACUCACUGAGCAGGGCCUCAAUCCCUCUGUUACUGUGUCACUAUACCCCACUCCCUCUAACAUGUAAACUCACUGAGCAGGCCCUCAAUCCCUCUGUUACUGUGUCACUAUACCCCACUCCCUCUAACAUGUAAACUCACUGAGCAGGCCCUCAAUCCCUCUGUUACUGUGUCACUAUACCCCACUCCCUCUAACAUGUAAACUCACUGAGCAGGCCCUCAAUCCCUCUGUUACUGUGUCACUAUACCCCACUCCCUCUAACAUGUAAACUCACUGAGCAGGGCCCUCAAUCCCUCUGUUACUGUGUCACUAUACCCCACUCCCUCUAACAUGUAAACUCACUGAGCAGGGCCCUCAACCCCUCUGUUACUGUGUGUCCAACUUGUCUGGUUACAACUACAUGUCUGUUCUUCCACCCAUUGUAAAGUGCUGCGGAAUUUGACGGCGCUUUAUAAAUAUCAUAAUAAUAAUAAUAAUAUAUACACACAACAGUAUGUCAAACAUGAACAUAAAUUAAAGUGCCAAUGUUUUAAUUAACCAUGGUAGGGGUAUACCCAAAUACCCCUACCCCACCAGGUUCUGUGCCACCGACAGGGCUCGAAACCUACCAAACUUACCAAGAACUAUAUUCACCAUUUCCAUAACCAUCCUCAUGGAGAGCCUAUUUCCUAUCCUUCAGCUCCCUAUCGCGCCUGCUGUGACAAAACGGGACAACCCCACCAUUAAAACCAGUGAGGGAGGGUGGGACAAACUCAGCCAGGUAGGCAAGUUAAAAGUGAAUUUCCUAUUUCUGUAGCCCAGCCCCUAACCCUCUAAACCACCAAUCCCUACAUAGCUAUGCCCGCCUCCUAGCCCUGUCAAGGCCCCUUUCCACUAUACUGUGCGUUUGCUCCAUAGGGCUACAUUCUCUGCUAUUUAUGAGUUAAAAACUAAUUUUAUCUGCCCCAGCCACACCUCCCUGCAUGUGACUUACACACCCUACCUAAACACUUCCUGCAAAGAGUCAUCUAAUGUUUACACCUUUUAUUGCACAGUCGGUUUAAUUUAGAAUUUAUCUCCUGCUCUGUUAAUAACUUGCUAGACCCAGCAGAAACCUCCUGUGUUUGAUUCAAGUUCAAUUUACAGAGCAGGAGAUAACAAUGUCUAAAGUAAGUUGCAUCGGAUUCAAAUUAAAACCUUUUUUUAUGUCAUGCAGGCUGUGUGAGUGACAGCCAUGGGAGGCAUGGGUAGAGCUACAGAAACAAAAGGGAUUUAUCUCCUAAAUAGCAGAUAAUUGAGCAGUGAGACUUCGGGGACAUGAUCCAUACACCAACACUGCUUCAUUAAGCUAAAGUUGUUCUGAUGACUAUAGUGUCCCUUUAAGCUAAAUUAUAUAUUCCUAUUUUCACCAUCCAAAAGCACCUAAUUCAUAAAAUGUAUUUAAAUAAAAUAAAUAAAUAAAUUAAAGGUAAAUUGCGUGGUGUGAUUUCUUUUUUAAUUUUUUACAUUUUUGUUUCAUUUUUUCAAAAAUGUUUUUUAAUUUGGUAGUAGACGAACCCAGAUGAGCCUUCUGCACUCACAUUCUGUAGCGUUGGGAGCUGGAUAACUGCAGUAAUUACAGCCUUAUCCACUUUACUUCAGAUAAGACACCCGUUCUUACUGGGGAGUGUGAAAACUAUGGAAGGUAUUUCUUUAGAAGUGCAGUCCUUUUAAAACGGACUUUCUAGAUAGAUACAUAUUGAUAUUUUGCAUGUAUACCUGGCAGAGGGCGCGUCCAGUCUGCGCGCUUAUUAAGGCUCUGAAUUGGUUGUCAUUAAUGGAGACCUUACAGGAGAGUUAAAGAGGUCGUUCUCGCUAAAUGAGUAGAGAAUGUAUUUAUUGUUAUGACACCGUGACUCACACACUGAUAAGUCAGUAUCUUUACUUCAUGUGCUUGUUAAAUCUCUAAUUAUGAUAAUUAGCAUAGUAUGUAAACGGUAUAAAGUAUCGAGUAAGGGUCGAGUUUGUUCUUUGGUUUCGGAGAAACUGCGGAUGUUUCGAGGCCUGCUCCUAUCACCAUCUGUCAGAUAUCCUAUGGGGAGGAGAAGAGAAGUCUAGGUCGGGCAGAUGGAGGGCACAAGAUGUCCAGAUAUAAUUACAAAAUAGGAGGUGUGAAAGGACACCUGGCUGCGAUUCAUCGCUGGGAUGUGAUCUUAUCUUUUUUAUGAAAUGUGAACACAUCACAGCUUUUUUUUUUUUCCCCUCUUUGUCUCCCUUGAUUGUUACGGACCACGUCUUGGGUUGGCAAAUCCACCAUGGACUCGUUGACCCUGAUCACGUCUUUGUGGUGAUCGGCAGUAUUUGUUUUCUCAGGAAAUCCUGGUGACUUCCUAUUAUAAGGUGCAUUGUGCAUAGAAUUGGUAGGUACCUCACCGUUUUUUAGGGUGUUAUUUUUUAUUCUGAGUUUUAGGGGUUGAAAUAAGACCAUUAUGCAGCUACUGGUGUGAAAUAAAUUGAAAUUAUCACGGACAGGGUUUUAUCGGAACUGCAGUGAUUCAUUAGUUCAAUUUCACACCAGGAAUAUAUUGGUUCCACAUAUUGCUGGGCAGCACUACAAGUUCUGCUCCUCAGAAUGAAGAAUUCAUAUUGUCUCAAAACACAAAUAGUGGUGAUGGUGUGGCCUCCUGAUUCAUGGUUCUUUGGAAAAUAUAUCAUUGUCCAAUUGGUAUUUUUGUUCAAUAAUUAAUAUAUGUAGCAGAAUACAAUUUCAUGUGACUUUUCUGUACUCCAUACCAUAGUUGCUGACUGGUGCUCUGGUCUUCAUGCUGAAUCCAUCUUGACUCCUGGUUUGCCCAUAACAAGCAUGUCUGCCAGUCACAUGGAGGAGAAAGUUUUGCCGAUGAUGCCUCAGUCAUCAGGUAAGUCUGGGCUGCUGCUAUGUCUGGAUUUGCCGAUGCUGAUAUGUCUAUGUCUUACUUCUUAUCUCUGAGUGUUUGAUUUAAGAAAAAACAUGUACUUUGUAUAUAAUAUAUUAUAAAAUACAAAAGUUAAAAUAUUAAAGGUUAAAAUCUACUCCCCUACGAAGAGGCAUUUAUUUCAUAAUUGCUGCUUUGAAAGAUACCCGGAUCAGGAUUCUUUCAGGUAAUCCUUUUAAUUUAUAUCCACAUCUUUUGGCAGUCAGCUGAUGCCUUAUAAAGUAUUUCUGUUUGAAGCAAACAUAAUGUUUUAUAAAAAAAUUAAUUCUAACCAAAUCCCUAAAUUAAGAUUGGGUAAUAUGAAACGGGCUAAAAUAAGGUCUUUGGUGUCUGAAACACAAGAUGUCUUAGAAUGACUUAAAUAAACAGUUAUUCUCGCUGUUAAUAAUUAUGAUGUAAAUACCCUCUGUAUAUUCCUCCAGGAACCUUGUGUGACUUUGAAGCACAUUGUCAAUGGAUGUCCUCCAUGGCGGAGGAUGGCAGUCCGCACUGGGUACAAACCAUGAUUGGAGCGUUGGCGAUACAACAGCAGAUACGGCUCCUGGAAGAAAGAUCUGGAAAAGGCAUUCACGGUACAAAUAGUAUGCAGUUGGUUAGAAUGAGCUGCUGAUGCGAUCAAUAGAUCUCUUAUUAUACCACUCUAUAAACUGCCACAUUAUAGGGUAUAUAACAGGUUUAUUGAUUUGAUAUUAAGAUAUGACCAAGGGUAUAGAGACUGACGGCCACCAGUCACGCAGUGCAGGGCUAUAAAGCCAGAACGUUGCCUUAUUGAGGCGGUAUUCUGCCAUCAGACAUCCCAACACACCUCCUGCUGCUUUUAAUCUGUAACAGAAUGGUUCUUUGGAGCCGCAACCCACAAUACAAGCCCAGUGUGCCAAUGGCCUGGGGGGCAAUGGCCCCUCUUGCCAACAGUACCAUGGAUUCCAUAGAGUAUGAAAGUCUGCUGUACGCUCUCUGAAGACAAUGUAAGUUAUCUGAUAUUCGUUGGCUGAGAAUGUGGAGCUGUUCUGGUACUUACUGUUGGAAAGGCUAAAUAUUUCACUCUUGGUGGAAUAGACCCGGGUCAUGGUGGGCACCCUAGGGCCAGGAUUAGUGAUCAUUCCAGAAAUAUACAGCUAUUAUUAGCUGGACAGAGGAGUAUCAUCUCCAGGGGGAAAAUAGGUGGAUUUAAACGGAGAGAGAGGUGGGUCACAAAUACUCUUAUGGUAUAAAAUGUUAGGUGACUGGGUCUUUCCGUGAGUUGUGAUCUGUAUUUUUAUCGCUUGAUUUACUCAUUGUAGAAGGAGUGCUUGUUCUCAAUGUGAGUCGGACCUCGGAAACCUGCCGUGAGCCUCAGCUGCUCAGCCCCGUUUUUCCUGGAAGCUCUAGGACCUGUUUCCUUGAAGUAGCCGUUUAUAAUCCGGUUGACUCGCUGUCUGACAUAUUGAGCGUAAUGAUUCAGAGCGCCAAAGCAAAUUUCAGUCUACCAGUACUUCAUCAGAAGGAGGCGGAUUCCACUGCAAGGUGAGACAUUUCAGUGUAUGACAACGUGUCCCUAAUCAUUCUAAAAAAACAAUAAGAUCUAAUCAUUCGUUCAGAUUUCCGGUUAUUGUGCAAAGAAUAGCGUAAAACCUUUUUACUAACUUACUUUAGUAGAUUUUCUCCAGCGUGGAUUAAAACUAUGUCAUGGCACGGUGUGCUUGGCUCCAUAACUUUCUGUAUAAGGUUAUUACUACAUACAUGGUGUUCUGUAACGCAUAUGGCAGGGUUAAGGUAUGCCGUUAUAUAACUGAUCCAGUGCCUUUCGUCAAUCCGUUAGCUUCUCGUAGGUGUCCUAGUCCUCAUUCAUGUUUAUUUAGUACUGAGCAGAUGGUGAGUUCAUAACCCGAGGCCUCUCAUCUAUCUGGAUUCUCUCCACAUUGACCUUUAAAGGACCACUCUAGGCACCCAGACCACUUCAGCUUAAUGAAGUGGUCUGGGUGCCAGGUCCUUCUAGGGUUAACCCAUUUUUUUAUAAACAUAGCAGUUUCAGAGAAACUGCUAUGUUUAUGAAUGGGUUAAGCCUUCCUCCCUAAUCCUCUAGUGGCUGUCUCAUUGACAGCCACUAGAGGCGCUUGCGUGCUUCUCACUGUGAAAAUCACAGUGAGAGCACGCCAGCGUCCAUGGGAAAGCAUUGUAAAUGCUUUCCUAUGCGACUGGCUGAAUGCGCGCGCAGCUCUUGCCGCGCGUGCGCAUUCAGCCGACGGGGCGGAACGGAGGAGGAGAGAAGGAGGAGAGCUCUCCGCCCAGCGCUGGAAAAAGGUAAGUUUUACCCCUUUCCCCUUUCCAGAGCCGGGCGGGAGGGGGUCCCUGAGGGUGGGGGCACCCUCAGGGCACUAUAGUGCCAGGAAAAUGAGUAUGUUUUCCUGGCACUAUAGUGGUCCUUUAAUGCCAAUUUGGAGAGUGAUAUUAAAGGAACACUAUAGUCACCUAAAUUACUUUAGCUAAAUAAAGCAGUUUUAGUGUAUAGAUCAUUCCCCUGCAAUUUCACUGCUCAAUUCACUGUCAUUUAGGAGUUAAAUCACUUUGUUUCUGUUUAUGCAGCCCUAGCCACACCUCCCUGGCUAUGAUUGACAGAGCCUGCAUGAAAAAAAAACUGGUUUCACUUUCAAACAGAUGUAAUUUACCUUAAAUAAUAACUAUUGCUCUUCUUGCAGGGUCUAGCAAGCUAUUAACAUAGCAGGGGAUAAGAAAAUCUUAAUUAAACAGAACUUGCAAUAAAGAAAGCCUAAAUAGGGCUCUCUUUACAGGAAGUGUUUAUGGAAGGCUGUGCAAGUCACAUGCAGGGAGGUGUGACUAGGGUUCAUAAACAAAGGGAUUUAACUCCUAAAUGGCAGAGGAUUGAGCAGUGAGGCUGCAGGGGCAUGUUCUAUACACCAAAACUGCUUCAUUAAGCUAAAGUUGUUCAGGUGACUAUAGUGUCCCUUUAAUUGGGAUUUUGAUGUUGGACCUCGGUAACCCCCUACAUGCAUCCACUCAUACUCGGUCUCUUUACCCCCUCGCCCACUCUCAUCGAGUGGCCAGUUUAGGCGGUGGCUUGUUCCUGUGGCCACGGACAUAGUCUAUAGAAGGGAACACACAGCAGUAAUGGCGUCUAAUGCUCUCCAUUGACUAGCUGAAUAUCAAUAGCUGCUGUACGUACAUUUGACAGAAAAUCAAUUUGGAAGGUAUUUUUACAUCGUGGGUUUUCGUGGUGAGAACACCGCAGUGAGCUGCCUUGGCUGCUUUCGUUAGGGGAUGAAUCCUCGUUCCAUUAAUAAAAUUGACUUGGCUCAGAGAAGCCUUUCCGGGCCCAUUGACUGCACUGCAGGCUCUGGCUGUGCAAUAAUUGGUAGAGCUGGGAACAUUGCGAGAUUCGCGAGCAGAGCUGGCCUGGGCCGACAUUACACAAUGAUACUGCAUUCUAACCCUGGGAGUGACUCACUGGUAAUGCAGUCAUUACCGAGGAUACAUUGUGUCCAAGGUAAAUGCACACUUUAUACUGUAACGUUAGCGAAUAUAUCUUUAUAUUUUGGGACUGUUAGUUAAUUCAGUAAAUGGUGAUUGUACUGCAGUGAUUUGGGACGGAACACAUUAGGCCAAAAUAACGUGGGUUUUAUUCAAUUAAUUAGGAAAUGUGUAUAAUAAAAAGGCCAAAGCAGCUGAACCGGAAAUAUUCACCAAUUCUUGCUCGGCUACUUUGGCCUAGUGAAAUCUCAGUUUAGUAAAUAAACCCCCAUAUCGACUGCUAUAGUUUCUGGAUGCUGAGCCACUUGUUUUGCUUGUUAACGGCUGAAGAAAGGGCAAGUUUAGGAAAAGCCGACAUGUUUUAGCAAUUCAGUGCGACGUUGAUAAAUGGAGUAGACAGAGAAUGAAAGAUUGCCGGGUUUGGGAAGGAAUGGUUCAUACGGCCACAGAUAAUCCCAUUUAUUAAAUGAACUUUGAUCGUUCUUGCAGAGGAUACUCUGCUCAGUGUUGGCUAAAUGAACAUUUUGCUUUUCCAGUAAAUAUCUAUCAUUCUCAAACAAUAGGGCCGAUAGAAAAGGAAGUAACUAAAAUGUCUUUCUGGGCACCGACUGUGAAAGGUCAUAGUGAGCAAUAUCCAGCACUUAGCGUGGCCUCUUUAAAUCUCUUACUGCCUUUAGUGGAAAAGAUUUUUUAGUUAUUUUUAAUAACAUUCUUUCUAUUGUAGGGUUUUCAUAUAACACAGCGGGACCCAUAGGUCACAAAAACCUGUAGGGUGUAAGGAGACAUGCAGGUCUUAACUCUUAUUUAUAUAAACAUAACUUAUCACGUAUAAACAAGGAAAUCGCUGUAGGUCACGCAGGUCCCAGAUAAAGCGCACCGAAUGGGACUCGUACGUUCCUACGACAUAUAAAAGACAAAAACCAGCCCUAUAAACAAAGAACGGCAUGUUCUGGCCAACUCACAUUGCCUUAUAUCGGGUGCCGAUUGGUUAUCUGUUCGUUAUUGAACGGCCUUAACACCUUCGGCUGAUAUUUCUUUACCGCUGUAGGCCAGUAGUGAAACGGAUUUUACUUCACUUCAAAUUGCAGAAUUUGGAUCCAAAGAUGAAUCUUACGGAGAGUAAAGCCAGUUUUGGUGAUUUUCUUAAAACCAUCACAUGGAACGAUUUCCCUGCCGACAGUCAUGGCUCCCCCAUGGCUCGGCCAAUAAACUGCCAAUAUUGUGGGUUUCAUUGAGCAAACGUGGGAUGGUGAUUCUAAAUUAUAUCAUUUCUUCUUCCCCCUCUUUAUCAUUUCUUAUCUCUGAUUGGAAUACUGGAAAUAGUACAACAAAAAUAAUAACAAAUAUGCCAAGAGUGCAUUAAUCGUGAAUAAUUGGUCAUUUCUAUCAGGUGAUGGAAUAGGAGUAGAUUAAUUCGGAUAAUCUGGGGAAAGGAUAACAGGGGUUACAUAAAUGAAUAAAUGAAUGUCCUGCUAGAGGGGGAGCGAUAUAAGAGUAAGAAUAAUAUGAGUUGGAUUGAGACGGUUUGGUUUAAAGGAAGUUCAGGAAUGUCCCAAAAGGUGUUUGUGAAUAGCUUAGUUUUCAGGGGUAUGAAGAGGCUGAACAUUGGCAUGGGAUAAUGGAUGUGGUGGAGGGAAUGGGAUAAUGGAUGUGAUGGAGGGAAUGGGAUAAUGGAUGUGGGGGAGGGAAUGGGAUAAUGGAUGUGGUGGAGGAAAUGGGAUAAUGGAUGUGGUGGAGGGAAUGGGAUAAUGGAUGUGGUGGAGGGAAUGGGAAAAUGGAUGUGGUGGAGGGAAUGGGAUAAUGGAUGUGGUGGAGGGAAUGGGACGAUGGAUGUGGUGGAGGGAGUGGGAUAAUGGGUGUGGUGGAGGGAAUGGGAUAAUGGAUGUGGUGGAGGGUGUGGGAUAAUGGAUGCGUUGGAGGGAAUGGAAUAAUGAAUGCGGUGGAGGGAGUGGGGUAAUGGAUGCGGUGGAGGGUGUGGGAUAAUGGAUGCGUUGGAGGGAGUGGGAUAAUAGAUGCGUUGGAGGGUGUGGGAUAAUGGAUGUGGGGGAGGGUAUGGGUUAAUGGAUGUGGUGGAGGGAAUGGGUUAAUGGAUGUGGUGGAGGGAAUGGGUAAUGGAUGUGGUGGUGGAGGUGUGGAGGGUAUAAUGGAUGGGAUAAUGGAUGAGGGUGUGGGAUAAUGGAUGCGGUGGAGGGAAUGGGAUAAUGGAUGCGGUGGAGGGAGUGGGGUAAAUGGAUGUGAGGGGUGUGGGAUAAUGGAUGCGGUGGAGGGUGUGGGAUAAUGGAUGUGGGGGAGGGAGUGGGAUAAUGGAUGUGGGGGAGGGAGUGGGGUAAUGGAUGUGGGGGAGGGAGUGGGGUAAUGGAUGUGGUGGAGGGUGUGGGGUAAUGGAUGUGGUGGAGGGUGUGGGGUAAUGGAUGUGGUGGAGGGUAUGGGUUAAUGGAUGUGGUUGUGGGAGUGGGAUAAUGGAUGUGGUUGUGGGAGUGGGAUAAUGGAUGUGGUGGAGGGAGUGGGAUAAUGGAUGUGGUGGAGGGAGUGGGAUAAUGGAUGUGGUGGAGGGAAUGGGAUAAUGGAUGUGGUGGAGGGAAUGGGAUAAUGGAUGUGGUGGAGGGAAUGAGAUAAUGGAUGUGGUGGAGGGAGUGGGAUAAUGGAUGUGGUGGAGGGAGUGGGAUAAUGGAUGCGGUGGAGGGAGUGGGAUAAUGGAUGCGGUGAAGGGUUUGGGAUAAUGGAUUCGGUGGAGGGAAUGGGAUAAUGGAUGCGGUGGAAGGAAUGGGAUAAUGGAUGCGGUGGAGGGAGUGGGAUAAUGGAUGUGGUGGAGAGAAUGGGAUAAUGGAUGCGUUGGAGGGAGUGGGAUAAUGGAUGCGUUGGAGGGAGUGGGAUAAUGGAUGCGUUGGAGGGAGUGGGAUAAUGGAUGCGUUGGAGGGAGUGGGAUAAUGGAUGCGGUGGAGGGAAUGGGAUAACGGCUGUGGUGGAGGGAAUGGGGUUGUGGAGGCCAUGGGGUUAUGGUGGAGGGCAUGGGGUUGUGGUGUAGAGCAUGGGGAAUGGUUGUGGUGAAGGGCAUGGGGUUGUGGUGAAAGGCAUGGGGAAUGGCUGUGGUGAAGAGCAUGUGGUUUUGGUAUAUGGCAUGGGAUUACAGUGAAGGGCAUGGGGUUGUGGUGGAGGGCAUGGGGCUGUGGUGAAAGACAUGGGGCAAUAGCUGUGGUGGAGAGCACAGGAUUGUGGUAGAGGGCAUGAGGUUGUGGUGGAGAGCAUGGGGUUGUGGACAUAGGGCAUAUGGCUGUGGUUGAGGGCAUGGGGUUAAGGUGGAGGGCAUGGGGUUGUGGUGAAGGACGUGGGGCAAUGGCUGUGGUGAAGGGCAUGGGUUUGUGGUGGAGGGCAUGGGGUUGUGGUGAAGGACAUGGGGCAAUGGCUAUGGUGGAGAGCAUGGGGAGGACCAGGGGUAGAAUGAAUUGGUAGGGUUGUAGUGGAUGACGUACAAGCACCAUUUGGGACGUGUGAGGUUUCUAGAGGUAUAGGAGUAUAAACCAUUUAAAAGAGAAAUGUUGGUUUGUGGCCAUUGGAGCAUUUAAAAUAAGAGGAGCCAUGAGUCAUGUUCUGGAGUAUUGAAUGUUUGAACAUUAGUGGAUAGAAGGUGAGGUUCGAUGGAUGGUGAGGUUCGAUGAGUGGGUAAACCGCUACACUGGGAAGAUGUUAGAUAAAGGAAUAAUAAACCAUUUCUUUUUUUUUUUUUUACUGUAUUUUGGAUUUCUGUCCAUUAAGAUUAUCCAACUGGAAGUCUCUGUCGUGGGAGAUUGGGGAAAUAAAUGAACGUUUUCAGAUCUCUCUGCGUUCUACGUCCUGCGGGCUGAAUGAAGAUAAACUUCUAGCUCUGGAUUCCCUGAACCUCAGAAACUGCUUUGAAGGUAAAAUUGAAGAGAAACUGUCGUUCUCAGAAGGAGAGACCUGUCACUUUUACAUAAUUUCAGUGAUUUGUCACGGUUAAUGAGCGCAGAACUCAUAAUGAACUGACCAGAUGUUGCUGUUUCCUGUUUACAUGAAGCUCUGAUUUUUCUGUGAAGAUCACCUUACGUAAUGAGCACAUUUAGUGCUAACAGACAUGACCUGUACACGGUACCCGGCAUUUCACUAACCGGCCUCUUUAUAGGUUCUAUCAUUCCUUUAUCAUUUUUAAACUAUAGUCUUUUUGCUCUGCUUUGUCCCCCAGGGAAAUAAUCGUAUAACAAUGUGUACAAGAAGUACUUUAGCAGAGACACCAUUUAUUUCGGUUUAUUAAUGAAAAAAAUGAUGUUCAUCAGGGUGUAGCCAUCAAGAUACCAGGGAAGUGAACAAUGAAAAAUAAAUCAGCUGCUACUCUGAAAGAGGCAACGUUUUAUUUUCUGCUCGUUUUAAGACAUGUUAACAUUAAAAAAAAACAAAAAACAUUUAGCAAUUUUAUUUAUGGUAAGAUUUUCGUGAUGUCAUGUUGCGGGAGGAGGUCUGUCUGCAGCUGAUGAAUUCAGGCGAUUUCUAGAAGAUUUCCUAUUGUGAUCAGUAAAUAUAUUUGUGUUACAAGAGAUGAUUGUGAUAUUGUGGGGACUUUGUAUCUGGUCAGUGACAGUGACUAACGGUUCCCACAGUGACCGGUAGGUAGGUCUGUCCCUGUAUCAGCACAGUUUCUGUAAUGAAUUGUUCCUCUCUAGAUUUUUUCUGUUAUAAGGUUGAGAUUUUUGGUGGGCACAGGAGACUUCUGUCCAGGUUGGUCUGGGUUAAUUGGAUUCCGUUAGACUACUAUUCACUGACGCCCAAUAUAAAACCAAAAAUCCUGGGCAGGUUAAAAUAAAAAGAAUGAAUAUAACCGCUCUCUAUUCUAAUAACAUAAAGUGGUUUUAGCUAACUAGUCCAACAAUGUCCCACAGAACCAGCACAUGCCAGUAAUAACUACACUGUAGAUCAGGGGAUUCCCAAAGGUAGACCCCCAGAUGGUUUAAAACUACAACGUCCAUCAUCAUUUGUCAUUCUAAAAGCAUGCAAAGCAUCAUGGAAGUUGUGGUCCUACAACAUUUGGGGAUCUACCUAUUGGGCACCCCUGCUGUAGACGAUAAAGCUGCAGUUAAAUAUUAUUUUUUUUCUUUUCUCUCUCUAUAUCUCUUUCAGGAAUUAAAGAGGACGAUUUGUUUCAUUGCCGAGAGACGUCGUACUUCCUCUGUGAAAAUGGGGAUUGUAUCCAUCAGCGGCGGCUCUGUGACUUUCACAAGGACUGCGCAGGAGGGGAAGACGAAGACUCUCUAUGUGGUGAGUUUAUUGGACGCUGAUGGAUUUCUGCAGUCCGCUGUAUGUAGCUGCCUCUUAGACUUGGACCACAACCUGGCUGUUUUCAUUUGAUUACGGUUUCUGAACUUAAUGCCUCUGGCCAGAAUCGCAAGUUUGUUUUUAGCACAAUCACAAUCCAAAAAUAUCUUCUCUAUUUUCUGUGCGUAAUGCUGCCAAGGUUAGAAUUGGCUUACAAGUUCUCUAAUCGCCUUGGAAGCUGUGUAUAACAGUAUAAACCUCUCACACAGAGUCACACACACAUGCAGACACACAGUCACUCACGCAGACAGACACACACACAGUCACACACAGACACACACACAGUCUCACACAUUCACAGACACAGUCCCACAUGCAGUCACACACACAACUGUUUUUGAUGUAUGUAAUAUUUGUUUUGAUUAUACCCCAACCCGUGAAGAGUGACGUUAGGUGUUUCUCAAGUCCUUUUUUCAUGAUGAAUUUAAUACAAGUAAAAUGUCUCCGUUAACGUGUUGAUAAAUCUUAUCUGGCGUAAAUGUGAUUACUUGCGCUUGACUGGUGAAGUUUGUCACAAGUGUUGAGAAACAUCAGAAAGGUGUUAUUGCGUCAUAAAAGACCCAUUGGCAGCUGGUAACAUGUAGACAAUUAUGGAACCAUGGAUUGGGAUCGAGGCUAAAUAGUUUUUUUAACCUGAUUUACCCCUCCACAGGCUUUGUAUCCGGUUUGCCAUUAGGGUAAAGUGAUCAGUUUGAGGAUUUCAAUAAGCCGCAGUAACCCCUUCUUGUACAUUGUGGGUUUCAGAUGAUGUCCUUCCUUUCGGCUCCCGCUGCUCCUUUGAAGAAGGGACGUGCGGGUGGACUUUGCGUGGUUCUGCGGGAUCAUCGUGGAUACGUACUAACUCUGCGGAGAUAAAUCCAGAAGAUCCUCUGAGUGUCCCUCUCCAAGCUACAGGAGGUAAGAUGGACGAUUGGAAGCCGGACAUUGACUGCAGGCCCAGCCAUGGAAAAUGAAUUGUACAAUAUCUUAAACUGACAUUGGAGACCAUGCGAUCUGCAAUAAUAACAGGACUGGCCUCAAAUGUCUUACUAACAGAAAUGUGGAGCACUCACUGAGGAAACGUGGCAUGUUCCUCCUUAUUUCACACAUUUCUUUUUUUUUUGUAAAUAUAGCUUUUAUUAGCAGUUCAGAUAAUAACAGAAAACAGUGCGGAUAUUGUCAGUGAGACUCGCAGGUCUCCAAUUGCAUCUUACUUGGGUACCACAGGUAUCAGGUGGAUCUUUAUAUAGCGUUAUUGUAGGUGAAGGGUUGCUGGCCCAUAACAUUUAGGACAGAUGGGUUCUAUAGUUGGUCCCCAACCAAAUGGUUAAUAGUGCGGUAGGUCCCAGGUCACGUCCUCUAACUAUUUCACACAUUUUUAUGGUGAUUGCUCCAUUUAUUGCAAUGUUGAUGUCCCCCCCCAACACACCUAUUUAAGGACUGGUGUACCUUACCUUUUCCAACAAUGUGCUGGUGGCGCCAGGUCUCCUGUAAUGGCGCUGCCAUCUUUGUGUUGCGGGGAACAAGUUCACGUUUUGCCCUUGCGUGCGGGUCAAAUUGUAACGGGUAAGAUCCCUCGAUCAAAGUGCAUGUCCUCCAACAGACUUGUUGAUUCUCACAAUUGUAUGAGAGUCAAUGAGAGUGCCAGAGACUCGCUGCUCCCGGAAGUGUGCAGGCGGGUGCAACCAAUGACAAAGCUGACAAAGGCUGUGGAGCUUGAGCAAAGCCUUUCUUCAGCCUUUCUUCAAAGUAGUCCCCACUUCUCUAUAUGUACAAAUUUUUUGGGGAAAAGGCAUAAUUUUGAAGAAAAAAUAAAACCAUAAAAAAAAAGGGGGGGUUUGGAACAUGGCAAAAAAAAAUAUUUUUCUGGCUCCCAGAGACCCCCUCUGCCUACUUGGAACAUUCUGAAUUAUACUUUGAGCUGCAGUGGUUGUGGUGCUGGUAGUGCCCCUUUAAGGAUCCCAUUCAACACUCAACUGUAAUUAAACAUUCUUUGCUGACAGGAGAUCUUUAGGGACCAGACAGUGGUGGUUGCAAAGUGUAUUAUGUGGCGUUUCAGGAGUUAAAACCGAAUGCAAAACAUUUCUUGAUUUCAUUUAAAUUCCAGUUAAAUAUUAUUAUUGAACAAAUUGUUUUGUCUGUGGGGUUUUACUGCAGGUCAGUUCCUGUACCUGCCAAUACACACUACUCAUAGCGUUGGAGACGCCAUGCUGUCAAGUGGAAGGCUGCCUUCGGUGUUAUCAAAAUCCUGCCAGGUAUGAGCUAUUAAUAUGUAUCUAAAGAUUUUAUCAGGAACCAAUAAUAAUCCAUUAUCUCUCUCCAGAAUAUAACGGCUCAAUCCUGAAUGUGGAGCUCUGCUUUGACACUGUCCAAUCCUGCAAAAUGAGCUUAGAAAUUCAAAUAAAAUGUUACUGUUUAUUCUAAUAUUGCACCUUUUCACCCAGUGCAUGGGAGCUCAUAAGGAAUGGCAGAGAUUGUAUGGUGCUUAUUAUCAUUCAUAGCUUGCAAGAAAAUUCCUGAAAAAUAAUUAGCUAACUUUCUAUUUUCUUAUACCGGACGCAUUGAGAAAUAUGAAGCCCAGCCACUAGCCGUAUCACAAUGUGGCACUUUUCUCACAGAAACACUUUGUACUCAACGUCGAUACUCUGAAUGUUGUGAAUAACUUGAAAAAUUUGGGAUUGGCGAUUCUGUUGUAUUUGACAUUUAAACUAUAUUCCUGCUCACUGUGUCCUUUACAAAAUGAAAUGACAGUGAUAGUAAAUAUACAGUGUAUUUGCUUGCACACAAUCUCUCACAAUGACAGAUGGAUGUUUCUCAUUGCAGUUCAGUUUUAACCUUUUUGUGAGCGGCACAUUGAAUGGGUCCCUCGUACUUUAUGCCAUGGAUGAGAACUCUCUGGAGGACAUUGUGAAACUUUGGGAACAAUCUGGUUCUCCCAAUGACUUGUGGUCUACAGUAAACCUUGACGUUCCAUUGACCCAAAACCGGUAAGGAUGGACGCAGUAACUCCAUGUAAUAAACUAUGGUAAAAACAGAGAAUAGAACCAUUAAAAACCCUCUAAAUACUGAGCCAUCUAUACAUAAAAUAUUUUACAUCAUGUUAGAAUAAUUUGUGCCAUUAACUGCUCAACCAUGAAUUCCACAGCUGUAUUGGGAUUCUACUAGGAUGGGGCCACUAAAAUUAAUGAAGGGUGGUCUUGCACUGGUUCCCACCAUCCAUGGGAAUUGGGUGGGAAGUAAAUAUUAUCAAUAGGGGGCAAACAUGUCACUGUCCACCACCCAGCCCCAACUCAAUGGUGGCAGGUAAAAUAAUGCAGAGAGGGUGCUUGCUAUCACCACUAUAUUAUAUAUCCCCUGCUUCUUACACUCUGGCUCUACUUUGGACUAAGCUGUAACAGUGGAAGAAGUUGGCUCGUGGAUUUCCCAGACCUUACAGCACAUAGCUCAGGUUACUCUUCAUUCCUCCUUCUUAAUUCAAAUAAUGGGAGAAAUCUUGGUCCCUCACUAAUAACUGAACAGAGAUGAUCCGUAGAUUCAUAUUUACUCCUGACGCCCAUUCGAUUGUUUUAAUGUGAAUGAACUGCUUGGCUGCUGUCUUGACGUCAGUAAUGGCCUGAAGACUUAAACCUUCUGUGUCUCUUAAACGUAAGCAGACUAUUUCUCAGAGGAUAUAGUGUUUUUAAUAUAUGCAGCUAAGAUUAGCCUGUUUUUAUGUUUUAAGAUUCUAUUGAACAAACCUGAUUCUGUUUUGAAACUUCAGCUAUGCAGUGAUCGUUUUAGAAAUAUGGUGACUUUAGCUUAUAUUUCCAUGAUAUUAACCCAAAGCUGUCGGUAAUGUAGAACAGCUGGGACUCCACACACACAGUUAUAAUCAUUAGAAACGUUCUGUCUAUUCUAUGAAACACUCAAUGUAUCUUCGUAAUCAUUGGCCCUUCUAGAAUCUCAAUGUUUUGUCAUUAGAUUUCGGCUGCAGUUCUUGGUAUCGUGGGGCUGGAAUUCCACGGUACAUCUUGCUGUAGAUAAUCUCCGCUUUUCUGUGGAUUGCUUCCAUGCUGGUAAGCCGUUGGGAAUUCACGGGGCUGUGCAGAUAGUGAUGUGAUAGCCUUUAAUGUUUGCAUUGGGAUAUGUCCUGUUUCUGAUUGCUGCUCUCAGACACAUUUUCCUCUGGGUGACAUUAGGGAUUGUUUGAUGAAACCUUUUAUAAAAUAACGCAGCGCGUAAGACAUGCCCAAACUGGUUUGUAUGUUUUCUUUUGCGCUAGGAAGAAUCGAAAUCAGAAACGGAACACAUGGACCUCUGCUUGGACUGUAUCCAGAGGAAGAUCUCCACCUGACUCCUCUGUCCGAGCCUUUUCAUUCCGGUACGUUUUGCCACAAUGUGACACAAUGACUGUUAAUUUAAUUUCUGGGAUUGUUUCAAACUUGGAAUGAAAUUAGCAUUUUAUCAUCAAUCAUGGUGGGAACGUUAGUCUGACACUGGACCCCAUGAUGUACCCAACACAUUGAUAAUAUGCAGUGCUUGAUUCUCUCACAUUAGGAGUAGAAUCAAUUGCGUGUUUUGCACACAGUCUGGAAGCGUGUAGAUGGGCACACAGUUUAGUAGAUUGUAUAUGGGCACACAGUCUGGUACUGUGUAUAUGGGCACACAAUCUCGUACUGUGUAUAUGGGCACACUGUCUGGUACUGUGUAUAUGGGCACACUGUCUGGUACUGUGUAUAUGGGCACACUGUCUGGUACUGUGUAUAUGGGCACACUGUCUGGUACCGUGUAUAUGGGCACACAGUUUGGUAUAUUGUAUAUGGGCAUACAUUUUGGUACUGUGUAUAUGGGCUCACAGUCUGGUACCGUGUAUAUGGGCACACAGUCUGGUACUGUGUAUAUGGGUGUAACGGAACCUUCCGUUAACGCUUCCUAGCUUGCGCCGAGGACCACAAGCACCGCACCGGACACUACAACCACCGCAGAUUCCACAACCGCCGUAGCUUAACUGGAGUCUCGCCGUCUUCCGUCCACCCUGGAUCAGCUUCUGUCCUCCAGGACCGUGUGGGGAAAGACCUCUCCUCCAGGAGAGCAUAUCAGGAACAAGCUCUUAAAAGAGCUUAGUGAUUAAAGCUCAAGGGAGUAUGCAGAGCAUAGCAAUCCCCAGUGUGAUAUAGCAGUUCCCUCCAAUAAAGAGACAAGGCUACGUAUUGAGGGUCAAGAAGAUCUGUAUUACUUGGCUCCAAAGGGCCUUCUUUUAUGCAGGUUUUCUAAAUAUAGUACCGCCCACAGGCUUUUGUAAAAUAACCAAUAAAGCACGUAGCAUACAGUAAAACCACACCCAUUCACUCCCACAAAAUCCUCCCCUCUGCCUGUGAUAUAAUUAUGGUACACAAUGCUUAACAUAAUUAACACCGGCAGGAAAAAUACAGUUUUUAUACAUGUACUAUAACUUUAAAAAUAUACGUCCAAUCUUCAUAAAAUAUUCAGAACCAGCACACUUUAAAUGUAAACACUAUCAAAAAUCAGACAAAUCCCUUCAGUGGAUAAAAAGUUAGACGGAAGUCCUUUAUGCCUGACGGCAAGCACAUUUUCCUGCCCAAAACAGUUCCAUAGAUUUGGGCUGUGCGGCAGGUCAAUUUCAGGCUGAAAAAAUGACUAAGUCCCAUCGCCGAAUGGAGCUUAGUCUCUGCGGCUGAAAGUUCAGUGUGGGAGAAGGUCCAGGUGUUUGCGGAAAUGUGCAGCCGAUUUUAGUUCCAUGAAUUUGGCUGCACAUACCGCUGACCGUGUGAAUGAAUAAAGAUGGCCGCCGCCACAUAUUCGUUUGCGCGAAUGGCGGCCACACAGCGUUCGGCAAUUUACCUACAGCAGGCUCCCAGCCUGGGAGGUAAAUUGCCUGUACACUUCCACUUCUGGGUGGUCCACCUGUGUGGUACUUGGUUCAGUAAGCCCCAUUUACUGAACCAAGUGGGAAAUAGCCAGGAACAAAGGGUUUUAACCAAGUCUGGGGACACUGGGGGCACCGUCUUAAAGGGGCAGUGUCCCAAACAAGUCUGGGGACACCGUCUUAAAGGGGCAGUGUCCCAAUUUUCUCUACGUCCCAAAAAUGUGCUUAAAAGGCCAGCACCAGUCCCAUAAAAAGUCCAUAAGCCCCAAUAUGCUCACAGACUGUUCUUAAAGGGCCAUACACACCCGGUCCAUGGACAUGGGGGAGGAGGCUGGCAAAUAGGCUCCUCCACAAUCCAGGGAAGCAAGGCAAUUUGUUAUUUAAAGGAAAAGUUACAAAAGGCAUUUUGUAACAAUGGGCACACAGUCUGGUACUGUGUAUAUGGGCACACAGUCUGGUACCGUGUAUCUGGGCACGCAGUCUGGUACCGUGUAUCUGGGCACACAGUAUGGUACUGUGUAUAUGGGCACACAGUCUGGUACCAUGUAUAUGGGCUCAACACGUCUGUUCUACUCCAAGUGUUAAGAAGGGACAGAGUCAGGGAAUCGGUUUUCUUUCACUGGGGCUGAAAUGAUACACAAGGCAUUAGCUUGGUGACCGGUAAUUCAGUUGGAAUAUAUUUUGAAUACAUUCUGUAAAGAACAAACGUUGGUUGACAGACGUUCAUUGCGUUGGGCAAGUCAGAGCUACAAUAACAAUUUACUGAGAGUUGUUGCCUGGAGACUGACUAACGUUGCUGUUCCAAGCAGUGACUUGCUUCUCAGUGUAGUUAUAAUGGUUGUUUAUAGCCAAUGGUUCGGGUCCAGAUUGUGAACAGUUAUUUUCUUUUUACUAGGUUACUGAUACAAUGUGUAUACGUCUGCCUGUCCUAUUCUUUUCAAUAAAUAUCUCAAUCAUUGCACUUUAAACAGAGGAGAUGGAAUGGUGGUUUGGUCCUUGUGGUGCAAGAGGACCUCAUGGUCCAACUCAAUCUCAAUGUGAUAACGCGUACCGGAACUCCAACGUGUCGGUGGAAGUAGUGAAAGACGGCCCAUUAGAAGGAAUACAAAUGUGGAAGGUCCCAUUCACCGAUGUUUACAAGUGAGUAGACUAUUCACAGGAUGUGAUAUUACUUGAUGAAUUCACCAACUAUAUCUGGCCAGUGAUGUGUCACGAUGUAAACCGUAGACUUAGGUUACAAUUAUCAUUCAAUUAACUUUGUUGGAAGACUCCAGCAGGUAAAGACUGACUGUCGUAUACAUCCUCUAGUCACAGAGACCAUCGAGAUACCAGCCCUUCCUCCAUGAUCAGGGCUAUAUAGGGCUGAAAUGUGCAUGUGGGGGUUUCACCUGUUAUGGAGAGGGUAGAACUUUUCCUAUGCUAGAAUGUGAAGAAAUGUGUGUCUUAGAAAAUAUCAUUAUGGACAUCACACAGUUGUAUCCUGCUUAUCUAUCGCCCAUCGCCAAGGUAAUUUAUUUCAACCAUCCAGAACGUGACAAUGGGGCAAGAAUGCAGAUUGAGUGACCUCCUCCCACUCCAAAUUAUUGAUGCAUUGAGCUUAUCUCUAUAUGUUGUUACACCCUUAGUGUGCUCAGGACAGAGAGUAACGAGUUUGGGUCACGGUGGGGAAUAACGAGUUUGAGUCACGGUAGGGAGUAACGAGUUUGGGUCACGGUGGGGAGUAACGAGUUUGGGUCACGGUGGGGAGUAACGAGUUUGGGUCACGGUGGGGAGUAACGAGUUUGGACGGUGGGGAGUAACGAGUUUGGAUCACGGUGGGGAGUAACGAGUUUGGAUCACGGUGGGGAGUAACGAGUUUGGAUUACGGUGGGGAGUAACGAGUUUGGGUCAUGCUGAUUCCAGUGUGACCAAUAAUUAAAGAGUGAGGACGUAUGUGAUUUACCAUGUCUAGAUUUAAUACAGUUUACCAUCGUUGGCCAAAUCACAGUCACCAUACACUGCGUUUGAUAAUGCAGGGUCAGAUUGAUAUGAGUGGGCAGGAGAAUUUCUGAAUUCCAAUAAAUCGAUAUCUGUGUUUGCAAGGAUUUCACGUGAGAUUUAAAGGAGACAGAAAUAGAUAAACAAUUGUCCACAAUAAAUGAUUGUCUUCUCCUGAGUUGAUUAAUGGCCAAUACGUAGCUAUUAGCGCUGUAGCGGUUAUAAGUAUAAUUUUACUUCUAAUAAAUAACAUUUCCUGAGUUAUCCGUUCCAGACAUGGGCUGGGAGUGUUUGAUAAAGUCAGGGUAGAUUAAGAUGAAUGUAGCCUAAAAUGAGCAGAUGUGUUCAGUCAGCGUUCCACAAGCCCGUCCUGAUCUGUUAAAGCUGUGUAUCUGUAAAUGAUGAAUGGGGGGAAAGUAGCAAAAUGUAAAAACAGAUGAUGAAACCAAUGAAAAUGAGAAAAGGUUCAGAUAAAGUGACCGUGUGCACACAAUUAUCAGUCUUUAACAGAUCUAAUGGAGACGUCGUGUUUUACGUGUCUCUUGCGGCCACUGACUGCAUUUGAUCACGAUAUGUUGUGUAAUUUCCUACAUUAACUCUCUGCGCCAUAUGAGAUUAAUAAAAACCCGAAACCAUUGGCAUUUUACCAGAAGACGCUUCUUUGUUUGAAAAUAGAAAAAUAUAUCAAGUUGAUCUGUCACCAGCAAUUUAAUUUGUGCAAAUCAAUGUAAAACGAGAAUUCCCAGACGAUAUUUACUAUUUUCAUCUAGCCGGGGUGCAUGUUAGGCUGCUAUACUUGCUUGUAAUCUUGCGUCCAGUGGCGGUUAUUGAGUGAAAGAUAUCUGGUGAGGUCAUGUGCUGUCAGCAGCCAAUCAGAACCUGUCAUUCAAAGAUUUGCGCUUAUUAAUUCCCUACAUUUCUUGGUGAAGUGAAGAAGCGGUUGUUUGAUCUGCGUAAUGAUGGGAGAAAUACUUCAUUCUAGUUUAAUAAACUGCUAAACAGACCUUAAAACCAUCAAGAUAUAGGAAUGCUAUAUAUUCUACAACAGCGUUAAGAGAUUCUCUGAUGGCGUGGGUAAAUAAAGGCAAAUCUUCCAUCCAGGUGACCGUGUGGGAUUCCUAUCACUAGUAAAGAAUUGGUGAGAUGCUCUGCAUCCAGACUCCGAUACUGUAUUGUAUGUGAAAGAAGUGUUUUUUACGGAAGCUGUGUAUUGAGUACGUUGUAUUUUGUUCUCUGUCACGCUACAUCUCAGGAUCUCUGCGUAUGGAGCAGCUGGUGGUAAAGGUGCAAAGAACAGUAACAAACGCUCCUUCGGUGUCUUCAUGUGUGCCGUAUUCCAACUGCAGAAGGAUGAGAUUCUCUAUAUCCUGGUGGGACAGCAAGGAGAGGACGCCUGCCCCGGGGUAAAUAUCUCGCCACACGCUGAAUGUUGAUCUGCCCAUGUGUUGGGAGAGAAAUGCUUUUAGGGUUUGUAACCAGCAAGCAUAAAACUACAAAAUCCGGCAAUAUUCUUUUGUUUUUAUUGAAAACACUUUGUGAAAUUAGUAAUGUUUUGUUGAUGAAAUCUUUCAGUAAAAGGUGAAAAUGAAGGCUUUGUCUUUGUAUCAGAUGUAUGAGAAAUAAUUAGACUAUAAAGUUAGCUGGUGCUCAGUCAAACUAAUGUUUAAACUUCUAGAAAAAUAAAGUGACUCAUGAAAUCUGCAUGGGGAUAUCUUCACUGAUCGAGGACAAAGAUCGAGAGAACAGAUCUCUGUCUGACUGGGCUGGUGGUGGAGGUGGUGGUGGCGGAGCAACGUAUGUUUUUAAGGUUGGUCAUUCGGUUGUUAUUUAUGGUACGUUGACCUGGGCUUCUAAAUCCGAUCGACCUUCUGAUAUGUGUUUAACUAAAAUAACCACUGCAGCCCUUGCAGACUCUGUAAUUGAUGCUGAAAGGUGACACCAUAAUUCAGUACCUCCCGUGUUUGGGGUCUAUGAGAAGAUACAUGUAUCCAGUAACCCAAUGUCACCCCCUGUGGGUUUUCUCCCAGGGUAGACCUGUUUUACUUGCCCAGAAUGCAGUAUUUACAGCUGGUGCUUAGAGCUUUGUAUAACGGCAGUCUCUAACACCUGUCUCUCUGCGUCUGGUAUAACUCCCAGCUUAGACAAUACCGCUCAGAGUUAGCAGCUUAGUGAAUUCAAAUCACCGCUUGUUACUGUAUCUAUACCGCGUGUAGUCAUUGAUUGUUUCUGCUUUAUAGAAAGAUGAAAAUGGCAGAUUUAUUCCUCUGCUGGUUGGAGCCGGUGGAGGAGGUAAAGCCUAUCUUCAACAUCCAGAAGGCUUCCCAGACGUCGAGAAACCAGAGCAGUUUAACAACAGCACGUCAGUUCCUGGGCUCAAUGGCAGAUCUGGAGCAGCAGGUACUGACCAACAGGGACAUGUGGCUUCAAACACAAUGCGUUCUUACAUCCCAUGCAAAAGCAUUUUACUAGGAAUCAAUAGAAAAUAGGUGCGGGGAGCUGCAGUGAGCGUGUUGCUCAGGUAGUGUGUGUUAUAGGAGGUGUGGGUAGUUGCAGUCAGUGUGCUGCUCAGGUAGUGUGUGUUAUAGAAGGUGUGGGAAGCUGCAGUCACCAUGCUGCUCAGGUAGUGUGGGUUAUAGGAGGUGUGGGGAGCUGCAGUGAGUGUACUGCUCAGGUAGUGUGUGUUAUAGGAGGUGUGGGGAGCUGCAGUGAGAGUGCUGCUCAGGUAGUGUGUGUUAUAGGAUGUGUGGGGAGCUGCAGUGAGCGUGCUGCUCAGGUAGUGUGGGUUAUAGGAGGUGUGAGGAGCUGCAGUGAGCGUGCUGCUCAGGUAGUGUGGGUUAUAGGAGGUGUGAGGAGCUGCAGUGAGCGUGCUUCUCAGGCAGUGUGUGUUAUAGGAGGUGUGGGGAGCUGCAGUAGGUGUGCUGCUCAGGUAGUGUGUGUUAUAGGAGGUGUCUUGGGAUCUUGCGGUGAGUGUGUGUUGCAGUGAGUGUGCUGCUCAGGUAGUGUGUGUUAUAGGAGGUGUGGGGACCUGCAGUGAGCGUGCUGCUCAGGUAGUGUGGGUUAUAGGAGGUGUAGGGAGUUGCAGUGAGGGUGCUGCUCAGGUAGUGUGGGUUAUAGGAGGUGUAGGGAGCUGCAGUGAGUGUGCUGCUCAGGUAGUGUGUGUUAUAGGAGGUGUGGGGAUCUGCAGUGAGCGUGCUGCUCAGGUAGUGUGGGUUAUAGGAGGUGUGGGGAGCUGCAGUGAGUGUGCUGCUCAGGUAGUGUGGGUUAUAGGAGGUGUGGGGAGAUGCAGUGAAUGUGCUGCUCAGGUAGUGUGGGUUAUAGGAGGUGUGGGGAGAUGCAGUGAAUGUGCUGCUCAGGUAGUGUGGGUUAUAGGAGGUGUGGGGAGCUGCAGUGAGUGUGCUGCUCAGGUAGUGUGGGUUAUUGGAGGUGUGGGAGCUGCAGUGAGUGUGCUGCUCAGGUAGUGUGUGUUAUAGGAGGUGUAGGGAGCUGCAGUGAGUGUGCUGCUCAGGUAGUGUGUGUGUUAUAGGAGGUGUGGGGAGCUGCAGUGAGCGUGCUGCUCAGGUAGUAUGUGUUAUAGGAGGUGUAGGGAGCUGCAGAGCCGCGGGCUGCCUGUGGGUAGUGUGGGUUAUGGAGGUGUGGGAGCUGCAGGAGUGUGCUGCCUUGUGGUAGUGUGGGUUAAGUAGGAGGUGUGGAGAGCUGCAGUGAGUGUGCUGCUCAGGUAGUGUGUGUGCUAUAGGAGGCGUGGAGCUGCAGUGAGCGUGUGUUGCCUGCAGUGUGGGUGUUAUAGGAGGUGUGGAGCUGCGUGAGCGGCUGCCUUGUGGUAGUGUGUGCUAUAGGAGGUGUGGUGGGCUGCAGUGAGCUGCAAGCUGCUCAGGUAGUGUGGGUUAUAGGAGGUGGGGGAGCUGCAGUGUGAGCUGCGGCUGCUCAGGUAGUGUGGGUUAUGAAGGUGCGGGGGAGCUGCAGUGAGUGUGCUGCCUGUGGUAGUGUGGGAGCAGGGGUAGGUGAGGAGCUGCAGUGAGUGUGCUCCUCAGGUAGUGUGGGUUAUAGAAGGUGUGGGGAGCUGCAGUGAGCAGUGGGUUAUAGUAAGUGUGGGUUAUAGAAGGUGUGGGGAGCUGCAGUGAGCAUGCUGCUCAGGUAGUGUGUGUUAUAGGAGGUGUGGGGAGCUUCAGUGAGAAUGCUGCUCAGGUAGUGUGUGUUAUAGGAGGUGUGGGGAGCUGCAGUGAGAGUGCUGCUCAGGUAGUGUGUGUUAUAGGAUGUGUGGGGAGCUGCAGUGAGCGUGCUGCUCAGGUAGUGUGGGUUAUAGGAGGUGUGGGGAGCUGCAGUGAGGGUGCUGCUCAGGUAGUGUGUGUUAUAGGAGGUGUGAGGAGCUGCAGUGAGGGUGCUGCUCAGGUAGUGUGUGUUAUAGGAGGUGUGGGGAGCUGCAGUGAGUGUGCUGCUCAGGUAGUGUGUGUUAUAGGAGGUGUGGGGAGCUGCAAUGAGUGUGUUGCUUAGGUAGUGUGGGUUAUAGGAGGUGUGGGGAGCUGCAAUGAAAGUAGUGUGUGUUAUAGGAGGGGUUUCGAUUUGGGUUGUUUGUUUAUUUAAAUGUUACAUAAAAGAAUAUUCAAAAAAAUUCAGGAUUCUGGACACAUCUUCAUGGAAUAUUUCCAAUAUCCCCAGUGGAGGCUGUUUAAGUGUUUGGUUUAACAGAUUAGAGAUGAAAGCAAUCUGCUGGUUCUGAUCUUGUGAGAUAACGUCAGGAGGGGCUGGUGACUGGCUUUGGGGUCAAAUAACAAUUGGUUGAGAUAUUGGUUUCCUGUUCAGUAUGCAUAUGAUUACAAUGGCCAAUAACAUACAUAUUCUUAAAGGAAUUUACUUGACUUUGACGAAUUCCAGGUGGAUCUUGAAAAGAAACCUUAUAUCCGUGAAUAAAGAAAAAUAUCAUUGAAUAAAGGAUGACGCUCUGCCGCCAUUUUCCUAUCCUGGUUUAUGAUAAAGGGGUGGCGUGUUCCAUUGAUGGUGUUAGAUGGGGAGUUUCUGUGUUGGAGAUGAGUCAGUGGGAUUUCUUUUUAUUAAAGACAGAGGAGCGGGAUUAGGGUUUAUAGGAAAGGUCAUUUGGAUGCUCAGUCAGGAUUUAUCCCAAUUUGUGAAUUAAAUGUGUAGCAGCUUAGUGUCUGUGCGGUGUUUGGACUUUUCUGACUUAUUUUCUCAGCAAAGUAUCGGAUUAAGGACAUUUAUCAGAUGCCUUCAGACUGCGUCAUUGGGGGCAGAUUUGGGGAUUUCAGUUCCCCAGUUUUUUUAUUUCUAAUUUGUGAAAAUCCUUUGUCCAACUGUGCUUACAGCCAGCAGGUGAAAUUUAAAGAUUAAAGAGCUAUUGCCGGGUCAGAACAAUAGGGAAACACAGCCUCACCAGUAAGAAUGUAGGAAGAAAACCGACCAUUAUUACCAUACUACACAUGUCCAUAGCAGAGCCACUAUGUUGCUUGGUUUUCUCUCCACAGGUGGUGGCGGUGGGUGGAAUGAUAUCACGGAGCUGCCGUGGGCUGGGCGAUCGCUGUUAGAAGGAGGCACAGGGGGUCAAUCAUGUUACCAAGCACUGGCCAAUCUCCAGUGGGAAACGUCCGGUGGAUUUGGUGGAGGUGGAGGAGCCUGCACUUCUGGUGGGGGCGGAGGGGGAUAUCAAGGUAAAAGCCAUACACUCAAAAACACACUGUUUAAUAAUACUAGUCUUGUACAUGUUUAAUAAACUGCCACGGUGCAGGGUUUAACACACUGCCACGGUGCCGGGUUUAACACGCUGCCACGGUGCCGGGUUUAACACGCUGCCACGGUGCCGGGUUUAGCACGCUGCCACGGUGCCGGGUUUAACACUCUGCCACUGUGCCGGGUUUAACACGCUGCCGGGUUUAGCAUGCUGCCACGAUGCCUGGUUUAGCACGCUGCCACGAUGCCGGGUUUAACACGCUGCCACGGUGGUGGGUUUAAGAAACUGCCACGGUCCUGGGUUUAGCACGCUGCCACGGUCCUGGGUUUAGCACGCUGCCACGAUACCGGGUUUAGCACGCUGCCACAAUACCGGGUUUAGCACACUGCCAAGGUGUUGGGUUUAGCACUCUGCCACGGUGCCGGGUUUAACAUGCUGCCACGGUGCCGGGUUUAGCACGCUGCCACGCUGCCGGGUUUAGCACGCUGCCACGCUGCCGGGUUUAGCACGCUGCCGGGUUUAACACACUGCCACGGUGCCGGGUUUAAGAAACUGCCACGGUGCCGGGUUUAACACGCUGCCACGGUGCCGGGUUUAGCACGCUGCCACGGUGCCAUGUUUAGCACGCUGCCACGGUGCCGGGUUUAACACGCUGCCACGCUGCCGGGUUUAACACGCUGCCACGAUGCCGGGUUUAGCACGCUGCCACGAUGCCGGGUUUAGCACGCUGCCACGAUGCCGGGUUUAGCACGCUGCCACGAUGCCGGGUUUAGCACGCUGCCACGAUGCCGGGUUUGAUAAACUGCCACGAUGCCAAGCUUGGUGUAUUGCCACAAUGCGGGGUUUAAUACACUACCACGAUGCCAGGUGUAAUACACUGCCAUGUUGCUGGGUUUAAUACACUGCCAUGAUGCCGGGUAUAGCUUGUGUCGCUGACCCUGUGUGAGAGUGGGGUAUAGCCCGUGUCGCUGACCCUGUGUGAGAGUGGGGUAUAGCCCGUGUCGCUGACCCUGUGUGAGAGUGGGGUAUAGCCCGUGUCGCUGACCCUGUGUGAGAGUGGGGUAUAGCCCGAGUCGCUGACCCUGUGUGAGAGUGGGGUAUAGCCCGAGUCGCUGACCCUGUGUGAGAGUGGGGUAUAGCCCGUGUCGCUGACCCUGUGUGAGAGUGGGGUAUAGCCCAUGUCCUUGACCCUGUGUGAGAGUGGGGUAUAGCCCGUGUCGCUGAUCCUGUGUGAGAGUGGGGUAUAGCCUGUGUCGCUGACCUGUGUGAGAGUGGGGUAUAGCCCGUGUAGCGGAACGCCAAUAUUAAAUCCACAAAUUCCGCUGGUUCAGGAAGUAAUCCACAGUCCAUCGCUGGAAAAAGCAAGGCAAUAUCUCAAAUCUCCCAGUAACCGGACGAAACACAGUUCUGAGAGUCAACUGAGGUCUUUAUUUUCAGCUCCACAAUUUAUACAAGUCCCCAUGCCAGGGGUUUCCCGAGUCCCCUUCCAGGGGCAUUCCCAGAGGGGACUACAUGGGGGACUUACUGUACAAGGCAUUUCUCCCAUCAGGCACUGCUGCACGAGAGGGAUCCUCCCACAGGAAUGUACCAUUAAGUGGAUUAUCCCUCCGUGCAGCAGAACCGACAAUUUACAUAAAAAUCUAUAACUUUUCGAAUAUGCAGUUCAUUUAAACGAAUGGACGUUCGGUAGAUAGCUGGGGUCUGAGGGCAUCGUUCGUGAGAUUACCGCUCAGAUCCCAGCUAAAACAACCGAACGCCGCACGAAAAACACAUUCAUUAAAAUACAGGUUCAAAAUACCGAUUGCCUUCCAGGGAACAAAAUACCGAACGGCCCGAAAUCCCGAAUGGCCUGGAAGCUCAGCGGUGUUCGCGCCGUCGAGUAGCCGUUUUUAGUACCAUGCGCUCGACGACCAAACACCGCUGAGGGAACAAAGGAUCCAAGAUGGCCGACCACCGCAUGGUCGGUAGUCGAACGGCGGCCACCCAGGAGAGCCUCUAAUUACCGAUUGCAACAUUGUUGCAAUCAGUUAACAAGUGCCACACGCCUCUAAGUGUGUGGGCUACUACAUGGGGGUAUUUUCGGUUCACGAACGGCACGCAAAAGCGCCGUUCGUGAAACGAAAGAAAAUACAGUACAUACAGCUAUCUGCAUUCGGCAGAUAGCCAAUACAGUAAUUCCACGUCAUACAGCCAGGAUACAUUAUACGGAGUUAAACACAUAUCCCACCGACAUACAGGCAACCCUUAAAGGUACAGUCUCUGUAUAUUGUCCAAGUGGCUAUGUUUGCCACCCUGUGUGAGAGUUGGGUAUAGCCCGUGUCGCUGACCCUGUGUGAGAGUUGGGUAUAGCCCGUGUCGCUGACCCUGUGUGAGAGUGAGGUAAAGCCCAUGUCGCUGACCCUGUGUGAGAGUGGGGUAUAGCCCAUGUCGCUGAUUCUGUGUGAGAGUGAGGUAUAGCCCGUAUCGCUGACCUGUGUGAGAGUGAGGUAUAGCCUGUGUCGCUGACCCUGUGUGAGAGUGAGGUAUAGCCCGUGUCGCUGACCCUGUGUGAGAGUGGGGUAUAGCCCGUAUCGCUGACACUGUGUGAGAGUGGGGCAUAGCCCGUAUUGCUGACCUGUGUGAGAGUGGGGUAUAGCCCGAGUCGCUGACCCUGUGUGAGAGUGGGGUAUAGCCCGUGUCGUUGACCCUGUGUGAGAGUGGGGUAUAGCCUGUGUCGCUGACCCUGUGAGAGUGGGGUAUAGCCCCAAUCUGCCCACCAACCUCCUGGAGUCCUCCAUAGGUGAACUGCAUGCAUUCAGGUCAUUCAUUCUGCCCACUGACCUCCUGGAGUCCUCCAUAGCUGAACUGCAUGCAUUCAGGUCAUUCAUUCUGCCCACCGACCUCCUGGAGUCCUCCAUAGGUGAACUGCAUGCAUUCAGGUCAUUCAUUCUGCCCACCAACCUCCUGAAGUCCUCCAUAGGUGAACUGCAUGCAUUCAGGUCAUUCAUUCUGCCCACCAACCUCCUGAAGUCCUCCAUAGGUGAACUGCAUGCAUUCAGGUCAUUCAUUCUGCCCACCGACCUCCUGAAGUCCUCCAUAGUUGUACUGCAUGCACACCUAUUAUAAAGACUCGAUAAAUCCCACGUCUGAGAGAGCUGGUUAAUUACUCAGUAUCUUUGUUUUCUCCGAUAGGUGGGUUUUCCUCCCAAUUUGAUGACAUCUAUGCAGAUGGAGAGAAUGGAGUAUCAUUUUUUCACCAGUCUGGAGAAAUGUUCAUCAACCCCUUGGCCGGUGAGCUUACUAUCCUUACCAGGAAAACAGAACCAGUUCAAAUGUUCUAAUAACUUUGUAAAACUUCUAUUUACCAUUUAAAUUGGUCGAUUUCAUUAUGUUUUCUUUCCUCCUGUUCUUAUUGAUGAUAUGUAGCAUCCUGUCUGUCUUUCCACAGCCGUGGAGAGUGAUGGUGAAUUACGAAUCGAGCUCUAUUUAAACUGUAGCCACUGUGACCACGGGAGCUGCAUGAGACACCCAAUCGAUAAGAAAGCCGUGUGCAUCUGUCACUUUGGGACAGUCCUGGCCCAAGAUAACACUACAUGUAUCGGUACGGGACCUGGAAUGAAUGAAUACUGGAGUAAAGUGUAAAUAUGCGUUCAUAUGGAGUGUUCAGAAUCAUAUAUCUGGACCGCAUGGGAAUCAGCCAUAUUGAUCUGAUUUACUCAGAUCCCAGCAUCAGAGCCGCCACCAGAAAUUUUGGGGCCCCUAACUCAGCUCAGGGUCUGGGCCCCCCGGGGCCCGCUUCCAAAUACCGCCCACUGGGUCCGCCUCCAAAUACCGCCCACAGGAAUACACACACAGACACAAACACACACACUGAUACAAAAAGACAGAGAUACAUACUAACAGACACACAUACUGAGACAUACACACAGGCAUACAUAGUGACAGACAGACACAUACUAACAUACAUACAGACACACAUGUAUGAGGACAUAAAGACACAUACAUACAUACAGAUACCGACAUGCAUACAUACAUACCUACAUACAUACACACAGACAUAUUGACCGACAUACAGACACUAUCAUCCAUACACACAUACAUUCAUAAUGGCAUACAGACAUAAACAGACAUACAUUCAUAAGGGCAUACAUACAUACAUACAUACAUUCAGACUGACAUACAUGCAUAUAUACAGACAUACUGACAGACAUACAUGCAUACAGACAUCCAUACACACAUACGUUCAUAAUGACAUACAGACAUACAUAUAUAAUGACAUACAGACAUACAUAUAUACAUACAUAGACAUACAGACAGACAUACAUACAUAGACAUACAUGCAUGCAUACAGUCAGACAGACAAACAUAGACAUACACACAGACAUACAUACAUACAUGCAUACAGACAGACAUACAUACACAGACAGACACAGACAUACAUACACAGACAUACAUGCAUACAGACACACACACACAGCUCAUUUUCCAGCCACCCUCCUGUCUCUUACCUUUUCUUUGCAGGACGGUGGCUGGGGAUGAUGGGAGUCGGCUGGCUCUCCCUCUUCACCGGCGCGCACGCGCUCCUCCCGCGCGGAGUGGGCUGGGAGGAAGUGACCACUUCCUCCCAGCAGCACUUUUUUUUUUUUUUUUAAGGGGCCCGAUCACGGCCACAGCGCUGACCGGGGCACUGAAGAUAUAGGGCCCAUCGGGUGGCAUUCAUUAACCCGGACCUGUCUCCACCUAUCCUGAAGGAGGAAAUAAGCUUAUAUUAGCAAGGAAUCAAGGGACACUCCAGACUCCCACACACGUUAGAUGCACUGUGUAGGUUAGGUUACAGUUAGUUAUACUGGGUGGGUUUAUAUUAUUAAAGGGACACUCCAUGCUCCCACACACGUUAGGUGCACUGUGUAGGUUAGGUUACAGUUAGUUAUACUGGGUGGGUUUAUAUUAUUAAAGGGAAACUCCAGGCUCCCACACAUGUUAGGUGCACUAUGUAGGUUAGGUUACAGUUAUACUGGGUGGGUUUAUAUUAUUAAAGGGACACUCCAGGCUCCCACACACGUAAGGUGCACUGUGUAGGUUAGGUCACAGUUAGUUAUACUGGGUGGGUUUAUAUUAUUAAAGGGACACUCCAGGCUCCCACACACGUUAGGUGCACAGUGUAGGUUAGGUUACAGUUAGUUAUACUGGGUGGGUUUAUAUUAUUAAAGGGACACUCCAGGCUCCCACACACGUUAGGUACACUGUGUAGGUUAGGUUACAGUUAGUUAUACUGGGUAGGUUUAUAUUAUUAAAGGGACACUUCAGGUUCCCACACACAUUAGGUGCACUGUGUAGGUUAGGUUACAGUUAUACUGGGUGGGUUUAUAUUAUUAAAGGGACACUCCAGGCUCCCACACACGUUAGAUGCACUGUGUAGGUUAGGUUACAAUUAGUUAUACUGGGAGGGUUUAUAUUAUUAAAGGGACACUCCAGGCUCCCACACACGUUAGAUGCACUGUGUAGGUUAGGUUACAGUUAUACUGGGUGGGUUUAUAGUAUUAAGAAAUUGGGAGUUACAGGGUGACCAGAUAUAAUAUUAGCUCUGUAGGGGUCUUUGCUGGAGAAUUUUUGUGUUUCAAUUAAAGGUUCACCCUGUGUGUAAAAUACAUCAUUUCUGAGUUUAAAGAAUCCUGAAUGUCUGUUAUGUAAAAGUAAAUGUAGUUUUGGAAAUAUGCAACCUUGCCAGGUUCUAGAUAUCUUUAAAGUUUGCCAAGUCUCUCUGAUGUUUUUUAUGUUUAUAACUGUAACCAUCUGAAUUAUCUGGAGUGUUAGAAGUCCUUUCAGAUGGUAUGUUCCUUCCUCAAGCAGUGCUUUCCAAUAUACCAGUUGUGCGUAACUCCUAUGUCAUAACCCAAAACAGAGUUCCCCAACUCCAAGGCUCACAGUGACUGGAACAGGGCUUUUGAUACGUUAAAUACGGUGGUGGUUUUGUUGCCGCAGUUUGUGAAGAUACUGACUUUUUUUCGUAGUAUAUUGUGCUAGACUUGAAAAAAAGCUGCUCGUCUGACAAGCUGCAUAUUUAGCACAGGUAUAGGUAGAGUACAAGCGGCAAGAUUACCACAGGUAAAGCAGGGGUGCCCAAAAGGUAGAUUCCCAGAUGUUUUAAAACUACAACUACUUUGAUGCUCUGCACACCUUUGGAAUUACAAAGCGUCAUGGAAGCUGUACAGGUAAACAAUGAGCUGAAUGUGUAGCACAGGUACAGGUAAAGGAUAGGCUGAAUGUGUAGCACAGGUAAAGGAUAGGCUGAAUGUGUAGCACAGGUACAGGUAAAGGAUAGGCUGAAUGUGUAGCUCAGGUACAGGUAAAGGAUAGGCUGAAUGUGUAGCACAGGUACAGGUAAAGGAUAGGCUGAAUGUGUAGCUCAGGUAAAGGAUAGGCUGAAUGUGUAGCUCAGGUAAAGGAUAGGCUGAAUGUGUAGCACAGGUACAGGUAAAGGAUAGGCUGAAUGUGUAGCUCAGGUACAGGUAAAGGAUAGGCUGAAUGUGUAGCUCAGGUACAGGUAAAGGAUAGGCUGAAUGUGUAGCACAGGUACAGGUAAAGGAUAGGCUGAAUGUGUAGCUCAGGUACAGGUAAAGGAUAGGCUGAAUGUGUAGCUCAGGUACAGGUAAAGGAUAGGCUGAAUGUGUAGCACAGGUAAAGGAUAGGCUGAAUGUGUAGCUCAGGUACAGGUAAAGGAUAGGCUGAAUGUGUAGCACAGAUACAGGUAAAGGUAAAGGAUAGGCUGAAUGUGUAGCUCAGGUAAAGGAUAGGCUGAAUGUGUAGCUCAGGUAAAGGAUAGGCUGAAUGUGUAGCUCAGGUACAGGUAAAGGAUAGGCUGAAUGUGUAGCACAGGUACAGGUAGGAUAGGCUGAAUGUGUAGCACAGGUACAGGUAAAGGAUAGGCUGAAUGUGUAGCUCAGGUACAGGUAAAGGAUAGGCUGAAUGUGUAGCUCAGGUACAGGUAAAGGAUAGGCUGAAUGUGUAGCUCAGGUAAAGGAUAGGCUGAAUGUGUAGCUCAGGUACAGGUAAAGGAUAGGCUGAAUGUGUAGCUCAGGUACAGGUAAAGGAUAGGCUGAAUGUGUAGCUCAGGUACAGGUAAAGGAUAGGCUGAAUGUGUAGCUCAGGUACAGGUAAAGGAUAGGCUGAAUGUGUAGCUCAGGUACAGGUAAAGGAUAGGCUGAAUGUGUAGCUCAGGUACAGGUAAAGGAUAGGCUGAAUGUGUAGCACAGGUAAAGGAUAGGCUGAAUGUGUAGCUCAGGUACAGGUAAAGGAUAGGCUGAAUGUGUAGCUCAAUUUACAGGUAAAGGAUAGGCUGAAUGUAGCACAGAUACAGGUAAGGUAAAGGAUAGGCUGAAUGUGUGAAGCUCAGGUAAAGGAUAGGCUGAAUGUAGCUCAGGUAAGGAUGAGCUGAAUGUGUAGCUGGGUACAGGUGGAUGGGAGGCUGAAUGUGUAGCACAGGUACAGGGUAGGUGGGCUGAAUGUGUGUAGCACAGGUGCAGGUAAAGGAUAGGCUAGUGUAAAGCUCAGGUACAGGUAGGCUGAGGAUGUGUGUGGCUGAAUGCUCACGGGUAAAGGAUAGGCUGAAUGUGUGGCUCAGGUAAGUGAGGGAUGGGCUGAAUGUGUGGCUCAGAAUGGGGAUAGGCUGAAUGUGUAGCUCAGGUACAGGUAAAGGAUAGGCUGAAUGUGUAGCACAGGUACAGGUAAAGGAUAGGCUGAAUGUGUAGCUCAGGUACAGGUAAAGGAUAGGCUGAAUGUGUAGCACAGGUACAGGUAAAGGAUAGGCUGAAUGUGUAGCUCAGGUACAGGUAAAGGAUAGGCUGAAUGUGUAGCACAGGUACAGGUAAAGGAUAGGCUGAAUGUGUAGCACAGGUACAGGUAAAGGAUAGGCUGAAUGUGUAGCUCAGGUAAAGGAUAGGCUGAAUGUGUAGCUCAGGUAAAGGAUAGGCUGAAUGUGUAGCUCAGGUAAAGGAUAGGCUGAAUGUGUAGCACAGGUAAAGGAUAGGCUGAAUGUGUAGCACAGGUAAAGGAUAGGCUGAAUGUGUAGCUCGGGUACAGGUAAAGGAUAGGCUGAAUGUGUAGCACAGGUACAGGUAAAGGUAAAGGAUAGGCUGAAUGUGUAGCACAGGUAUAAAUAGCAUAGUUUAAUUUGUGAUUAUUUUACUGUAAGAUGCCCCAAGAUGGUUUUUGUAAUAGGAUUAAUUCAUUAAUUCAUCUCAGCAAAACAUUAAGAUUUUUUUUCUCUCCUUUUAAGCUCCUAAUUGGCUUGUUGCAGACAGACCCCUCCCACUGCGUCUUAUUUUAGCUGUUAUCGCCACGGUGGUUCUUUGCCUAAUCUUUGCCUGUGGAAGUCUGUCAUUUGGUAAGUUUCCUUAUAAUUUUUUAUUUCUGAGAUUUCUAAACUCUCACUGAAUACCGUUCACUGUCCCCACAACCUGAAUUAGUUCGUGCUGUAAACGUGAGAACUAUGGAGCUGUGUUUAAAACCACAAGAACGAACGUGUGGACAGUCCUGUGUAUCCUACAAUGUGUUAAUGCGGAGCGCCCGCUGUGAGAAUGAAAUGAGCUUUCUGUAAAACAUGUGAGCAAUGAACUUAAUACAGAUCUUGUAAGAAGACAUUGUCUGCUCCACACACUAUACCCCAACUCAGGAAGGGAAACUCGGGGCACAGAAAUUGAUGAAAGAUCUUUAACAUAUUGAUUUUCUUUUAUUUGCGGUGUGAAAGUUUCAGCACAUAAACCCCUUUCUACUCCUUUCAUGUCUGAACUGAAACUGACUUCUACCAGAAGACAGAACAUUUUACCCUAGGUCAUAAUCAAUAUGAAGAUAAAUAUAUUUCAUAUAUAGCGCAGCACACGCACAUAUUCCAGAAUCAAUGCAAGAUGUGCGUGAGAUUUAAUUAUGGCCCUUGGUAUCCACUGCUGUACUUUAUGUGGCCAGGAACAUAACAUUUUAGAUCCUGUGUUUCUCCUGCAGAUAAGAAGGGAAUACAAUGGGGGCUGUGUAUGAAAUGUGCCGCUUUCACCUUUAAAGAAUAAAAAAAAAAUGUUUAAAAUCGUGAACUUUAUUAAUUUUCUUCAAAUUAAUAUUAAUCAUUUGUCUUAUUUGUGGUUCAAUGAAUGGUAAAAUUAUCAGGGGAAAAGGAAGUAAAACAAAUCUAAAUAAAAGUGUCAGAAAACGGAUUUAUUACGGCUCACUACAGAAAAGAUGGGAUCCCCAAUCUUAAAUAAAGGUGGGAGUAAUGGUUUUAUACGUAAGAAAAUAACACAUACGUGAAAGUCACCUACACUUCUUAUGACAUUUGAGACCCCAAGUGUCGAGGAGAUCCUUUAUUUUCCUAUUGAUCAAUCUCUAAUACAGAAUAAUCUGUGCUUCGGAAACCUGCGCCUUUAAUGUCCGUAACGGUUUCAUUCCGCUGUGAUAUUCAUUGCUUUAUUUAUAAUGUAUUAAUAUCUCCCUGUUGUGGGUUUUCUGUCAGUUUAUCACCGUAAGAAGAAGCAAUUGGAAGGGGCCCGCGUGCGUUUACAGAGUACGGAGUAUAAACUGAGCAAAAUUCGAAGCUCCAUCAUUAUGACCGAUUAUAAUCCCAACUACUGCUUUGCGGGGAAAGGAGCUGGCUUGAGCGAACUGAAGGAAGUCCCACGCAAAAACAUCACUUUGCUCAGGUACCACCUCCACCAUUAUAUCUUUAUAGGACAGAGAAAGGAGAGUAUUCACUAACAUUGGAAUAAGGCGAAUAGCACACAAACUAUGGCAGGGGAUUCAGGGAAGCGACUAGCACGUUGUAAAAAUGAAACAAUUACCGUGAAAACCAAGAGAAGCAGCUGGGACAGUCUCCGCUGUUAAGGCACACACAAUUUAUAAAAAGUUAGUUGAUUAAAUUCAAUCUAUGCAUUGUGCUAGCAGAAUGGCUGCAAAAUACACAGAUUUCAAAGGAACACAUCUGUAUUCCUAAUACUACAGCCCUGACACCCCUUGUCGAUUAAGUUCCACCUCCCCCCACCACCCUGUGUACAAUAAAAAUAAAUUAAAAAAAAAAAAAAAUACCUCACCUUUUCUCCGGUGCAGAAGUCCCUUGGCACUGCCACAGUCUCCUCUUCGAAUUGCUUCUUCUGGAAGUUUUUAAAGGGACACUAUAGUCACCAGGACAACUACAGCUUAUUGUAUUUGUUCUGGUGAGUAGAAUCAUUCCCUUCAGGCUUUUUGCAGUAAACACUGUUUGUUUCAGAGAAAAUGCAGUGUUUACAUUACAGCCUAGUGAUAACUCCACUGGCCACUCCUCAGAUGGAUACUAGAGGUGCUUCCUGGGGCAGUGCUGCAUAGUGUGACUGACAUUCAGUGUCUCCACCCUCUACAUGAAGACACUGAACUUGCUUUGUAGAGAUACACUGAUUUAAUGUAUCUCUAUGAGGAGAUGCUGAUUGGCUGUGGCUGUGUUUGACUUGUGCUGGCUCUGUCCCUGAUCUGCCUCCUUGACAGUCUCAGCCAAUCCUAUGGGGAACCACUGUGAUUGGCUUUGAUCAACUUUUCUGUGGAUGUAAGCCAAGCAUGAAGAUUAGGGGCAGAUGCAGCAGCUGCAGACUUGAAUACAAGUAAGAUUUUACUUUAUUUAGGGAGACAAGAGGGGGGCCAAGGGGGCUAGAUGGUGGUUUUAACACUCUCGGAUCAGGAAUACAUGUUGCGUUCCUUUAAAGUGCCUACAAUGUUCAUUUUGUAAAGAAAGAAAAACAAAUUCUAGUUUCUCCCUCACCUGUGGUCUGUUCACAGGCCGUGUUACAUCUCAAGGUCAGGUUCACCACAGACUUUCAUAGCAGCUGGUCAUGUUUGGGAAUUCUGUCGUUUGUGACCGUUUCAUUGCGGUCAAGGUGGUAUUGGUCAAGAUUUCACCCACCUAUCUGUGGGUCACUUUGAUGAAUUGUUUAGGAAUGUUACAAACAAGAAAAAUGUAGCACAGGAACCCCAUAACUAUGUGUUCAUGUAUAUCAGGCAUAGGCAACCUUCGGCACUCCAGAUGUUUUGGACUACACCUCCCAUGAUGCUUUGCCAGCAUUGUGGGGGAUGUAGUCCACAACAUUUUGGAGUGCCGAAGCUUGCCUAUCCCUGAUGUAUAUUAUUCCAUUCUUCUAUGUAGUUAAUAUUUCUCUUUCAUUGGGAAUGGGAUAAUACACCCCCCAUGUGGAUGUGAUCUCAGGUCUGUGAGGACAUUUGAUUACCUCCGGUAGCAUAUUCAGUAGACCCGAAGAGUCUCCACAGAGGGCAAUUGAUGAAGAAUAGAUGAUUACUACCAUCUAUGGCUGAUAAUUGGCUUUUGCCUUAGGGUUGAAGCUCAAGUGAUUGGAUAUUCUGGACUCCUGGUGGGAUGGAGACGAUUGGCAUAUUGAGGAUCAGAAACUGAUUUACUGAGGGAAUUACACAUGAAUAAAGUGGGCGAAAUGAUAGUUUAUAACCCCUUAUCACAGUUCCUUAUUCCGUUUGUGACCAUACUUGUUGUACGCAUGGAUAUUUAAAUGUGGGUAUUUUUCUUACCUCUCCUUGUGUCCCCUGUAUAUUUUGGUUGGAGAUAAUGAUUUCUCACUGACUGGACCGGUUCUGAGAGAUUCCGCAGAUUUAUUCAGAAAGCUGUUGUUUUUUCACAGGAAUACCACUGAAAUUAGAGCCUUGUUGUUGGCUCCGGUUUAUUAAAUAGCUGGCUGACCAUCUGGUUAAUGCUGUUAAUGACACUUGAUUUGUGCUUUAAAAUACUAACCUUAAUCUGCAACUCUGAAAUUCACUGCCUGAUAUUUUACUCCAAAUCCUAAAAUACUUACCCUAACCUACCAUAUCCUCAGGCCAAAAUGCAGCAAACCAAUCCCAGAAAAGUAACGGUAAACUUUUGAUUGUGUUAUUUAAACGAUCGGAUAUGACCUGCUUCCUAACCUACAGCUCUCUUUCUCGACCCCUUUUCUAGAGCGCUUGGUCACGGUGCGUUUGGAGAAGUAUAUGAAGGCUUGGUGGUGGGGAUUUCUGGGGAUCCCAAUCCGUUACAAGUCGCGAUCAAGGUCAGUACCCAUUGCAUAUUCUGUGUGGAUCAGCAAGUCGCCGAUGCCAGAUAAAUCUUAGCUGCUCAGUAGGUAAAUACGUGACCUCCUCCAUUUCUCCAGUGACAAACCAUUGUAUGGGGAUGUCAUUAAACAUCUGGUUCAAUUAUAAUGCUAAGUGAGACAAUUUGAUUAUUUAUGGGGUGCACAACCACAACUCUGCACCAUGGUUAAUUCUCCAAAGAAAUCGUAUAGAUUUGCGAUGUUUGCAGAUCGCUGCUCUGACCAUGCGCACAGCCACUGACGUCUAUCAGAUUUCUUAGUUCCAUGUGUCUGGCUGAGCACCGUAGGAUGUAAUUCACAACUGCCGGGUUACCAAAGCUCAGCCAUCACUGGUGUAAUAAACCAAACUCUCUAAAAGGAAUUAUUUCUCAUUUUGUAACUAUUUCUUCUUGCGAAGAUAUUAUGGUUCUCAGAGCUGAUGUGGCAAGUGCAAGUAAUAAUACAAAUUAAAAUAUCUUAAAUUUCUGGCUUAAGACAUAGUAAUCAAUGCGUUUUCCUUUUAUUUAAAAAAUGAAUACAAUUUUCACCUUAAUAAGAUUUACCUUUGGAACUCUGAGUGCGUGAUACAAACGGUCACCGUGUAUUGACUGUUUAACCGGGGAUUGUGCUGUUGACUAGUGGAGGGCACGGCUGUAGAUUAGCCAUAACCUUCUAGCUGCCGCCAGCAAUGACUGGGUGAGAACAUUAAAUAGAUCCUAACACAGGUCGACACGAUACAGCUGUGUAAAUACGACCAAGCAAAUUCCUUGUAUCCAUCUGGAAAAGUCCAGGGUUACACAAACCUCGUGGGCCCUAAACAUUCUUAGGGAUCAAACCUGCGUUCUUUUCUGAGUGUUUUUAUAAUAUAAUGAAUAUUGACAUCUAUAAAAUGUGCAGGUGAACAUAAUGUACACAUUAUGCUGGCGAAACAUUAAGAGAAUAUUCUCUCAGUCAUUUUGGCCCCCCGCAGGAGGAACUCAAUAAAUGCAAGCAGAGAAAUUGCCACGAACGACUAGCCUGCAGCCAUGUUACUCCAUGUCUGAAUGGGGAAACGCCAGAAAAACCAUUGCGACAGCCAUGUUUGUUUUAUGUACGUAAUAGCGCAAUGUUGCUAUAAAGUGACAGGUACAGAUUUUAUUCAGCAGAGUAUUUUUAAUCAAUUUAUCAGCUUGCUUCUCUCUUUGUUCAUUUGUCCAUCAGACUUUGCCCGAAAUCUGCUCAGAACAGGACGAGAUGGACUUCCUAAUGGAAGCGCUAAUAAUCAGGUAAUUCACUCCUGUGAAAGGGACACUCGUUGUGGGCUGCGAUUUAACUACACUUUAAAACCAAGGAAGGAAGUCUAGAUCUCUAUGGCAUGAUAACAGGCCACGCAAACCCAAUCCUUAGAAAUAAAGGAAACCAGUCUGUAAAUGAGCAGUUACACGUAGGAUUGCAAAUCAAGGUACUUUAUUCCAUGUAAAUUAUUACGGUUUAUAAUUUGUCAAAAUAUACGGCAGGAGAUGUGUCAAACCGGAUAUGUGUUAAUACUUUAACAUCUUAAUACCAGCCUCACUAUAAAUAGUGCACUGUGUGGAAUGUAUUAAUAAGACAGAAUACAGGGAGUAUACCACAGUUUGAAAUAAUUCAUAAAAUCACACUUUACUGAAAAGCAGAACCCCAACGUUAAUUUAUUUUUUCUACUCAGUAAAUUUAGCCACCAGAAUAUCGUGCGAUGCAUUGGGGUAAGCCUUCAGACUCUCCCCCGAUUUAUUUUACUUGAGCUGAUGUCCGGCGGAGACAUGAAAAGUUUCUUAAGACAAAAUCGUCCAUUGGUGGUAAGUAAUGAUAGUGUAACGUUUAUUCUGUGCUGGGAGUUAUAGAAUUACAUGAUCCGGCCAGCUGGUAUCUCGUCUAUUACUGUAGCAGGUUUAAUAUAAAAGCUCUCAUUCUGUUCACAGACUAAGCCUCCCUCUUUAACCAUGCUCGACCUGCUGAACAUGGCCCGGGAUAUAGCGUGCGGCUGUAAAUAUCUAGAGGACAACCAGUUCAUCCACAGGUAGGCUCUGUCUUCCAUCAUACGAUGUGCCAUGCCCAGCAAGUAAGACCAUGCCAGCUGUCAAAUUCCAAACUUUAAAGGGUUACUCCAACCAGUUAGUAAAACACUGGAUUAGGUUAGAGUAACCCUUUCUAUACUGCCAUCCUCUCAAGACGUUAAAAUAAAGCUUUACCAGCGCCGAGUCCAAGUAAUCAUCUGGAUGUUAGUUGGAGGACAUGGGCGGCACAGGUGGAUCCGUGCUGCACUGCCAUUGGACGCCUGUCACCAGCAUGCUAUUCAAUAUGCACAGAAUUGACAUUGGCCCAGCUGGCUGAUGAUGCCCCAAUGACACUGGUGGAAGUGGGGUUAAACCGCAGAAUUUCAAUGUGAAACACUGGACAAAUAGACUGAAGUGAUCAUGGUGCUUGUUAAAAAAUGGUUACCAUUCUAAUAAUGCAAACUGCAGACUAUUGCCCUUCUUAUAGCAAUACCCUGAUCACAGGUAGAUGGGGAGGAGUAGGGGAGACGAUCAUAUUAGGCCAGGAAUCAGACACUAUUGGUAGUGCUAUAAAGCCUUUGCUGGAGAUAUACAUAGCAUCGAUAGGCUGGAUUCUAUGCCAGUUCUCAAGGUAGACGUUUUGUCACAAUGUCCAAUGGAAUGUGAAAUCUAUAAAUUGUGCACGGCCGGUGUGGAGAAUUACCAAUCUAAACUACCUGUACAGGAAAGUUUAACAGCCAAAAGCCAGUUUUACAGUUGUUCUGCAUUUUAAGAUGGAGAGAUGUGAUUGCAGUCUCCUCCUGGGACAGUAAAAUUAGUAAAGUAUUAUAUAGCAUAUAACGUGGUUGUAUUUGUGCCAACUUGUUGGUGGAAUUAACCUUUCUGCAGUCUGAGAAUUCACCAUUUUUACUUUCUUGAAAUAGAGGACUUGAUGAUUUCUUGGUUUAAUUGAUAUUUUUCCCCAAAUUAGGGAUAUUGCUGCCAGAAACUGCCUUCUGACCAACAGUAGCACUGGGCGUGUGGCCAAAAUCGGUGACUUUGGAAUGGCUCGUGAUAUUUACAGGUAAGCGGUUUUCCAGAUCUGACAUUUUGGGCUAAGUUUUAGCUGUUACUAUAUACUGAAUAAACCCCUAUUUCUAGAAAUCCGUUUAGUCGGCCCCUUUACAGCAUUCUUUAUACACAGAUCGCGACUCUUCCUGGGAAAUAGAUUGAAUUGCUGUGUUUAAUGACAGCUUGGGUACAGGCGUUUCCAUGUGCUUUCAACGUUUAAUGCUUUUAAUAUGACUGCACUAAUAAAAUUGAUUAACAUUUAUGGUAUGUACAUAAAUAAUCUUUAAGAACAAUGUAUGCAGCAAUAUCAUGUUGUCUAAAUGGCGGCUGAAGGUUUAGAUGAUGUUCUCCAUAUACAACAAAAUGUUUCUAUGGAAUAGCAGGGAGAGUUAAACUUACCGGACCCUUAAUGCCAACGGUUAAUGGACCAGUAAUAUUAAAGGGAUGCUUCACUAUUAAAAUAAAAUGUAAAAAGAAUAAUUGGUCACUAGAUACAUACACCUUCAUGCAUGGAUUUAAAUUCUGCAGUUUCUCAAUUGGUGGUAUGUCUAAAAACAGCUUGUAAUAGCUGCAGAUCUCUUGUCUGCAGCCUUUGCAAGCCCUCCCUUUUCUAACCCAUCCCAAACUUUGCAAGGCAGGUACUCUGGGCAAUUGCUGCCUCUUGCGUUUAGCUUCACUGAUCUAUUAUACCAAUUUAUGUAUAUUAAAGUUUUUGAAGGAUGUCUAUUGCCUCCCACGCCCCCAUUCUGACAGCCAUCUUUAUCCACCUUGGAUCAGACUGUUUCCGGAAAACGUUACUACGUUGCAUCCAGUCAUUGUUUUUCAAAGUAGUGCGUUCUUUCUUCCUGCAGCGUUUUGUAAACCCCAACAGAUGGUUGGAAAAUAGUGAUCAUUUUCUGGGAUAAUGUCUGACUCAAGGUGCAUUAAGAUGGUGGGACGAGGAUACAAACGACUCCUUCACAUCUUUAUUAAACAUUGAUUUAUUUAUUUUUAAAUGUCAAUGUUUCUCUAACAGGACAGCUGUGUGGGGAGGUGGACAUUGAUGCUACAAUGUAAUUUAAUAACCUAAACGUGUCACAUAUACAGCCAGAGUACUCACUGCUAUGAAAUAAAAUGCCACAUUGUGGGGUAUGCAUGUGGUUGUAUUCUGCUGAAAUCACAUUCAUAUUGGAAGGACGGUGGAUCAUCCAGAAUAAAUAUUAGAUGCUGGAUUUCUUUUUCAGAGCAAGUUAUUACCGUAAGGGAGGGCGAGCCAUGCUGCCAGUAAAAUGGAUGCCCCCGGAGGCUUUCCUAGAGGGGAUCUUUACCUCGAAGACAGACACCUGGUAAGGAGAGCAGCUAUACAUAAUCACGUAAAACAACACAUGGGAGAACAGUGAUUAACGUAUUGAUAUGACAAUACCAUACUCCACAAAUACUACCCGGUACAUUGCAAGCGUUCCUAACUCAGCCCUCAAGGCACAUCAAGUGUCCAGUUUUAUCUGUUUCCGCUAUUCGAAAAGAACAGGGAAGUGGUGAAAUCCUGGACUGAUCACGUGCCGUGAAGGCUGUCUUAGGAAGCAAUGCUCUGCUCAGCUGAGCUUCACAGCGACCAGUGCCCACAAUAACUGGUGGGUGCACCCAGCAUUGUCAGCCACUGACCAUACUCACCGCACGCUGUAUACUGUGUGUGUGUAGGUUUAUGAAAGUGAAGUUAUGGAUAGGCUGAGAGUAUCAGCCGACGCUCACAGUCUGAGGCUUCCGGAUUUAAAGCCUCUAACCUCGGCGGAAAGAGCUGGGCAGGGUGAUGGGCACCGAAUUCAACAAUUAACUAUUUAAACUCUAAAAGCAAGCUGGUGCCGGGCUCCUUAUCCUACCAUACAUUAUUUCCAAUUAUGUUGAUAUGGUUCCAGCAGUGUCCCUUUUAGGGAAAAAAAUGACAGGAAACACUGAGCAUCUCAUGAAAAAUUAACAUCUUCUCUGUAUAAAUAGCAGAAAAGUGACCGUUCCCUUUUUAGGACCACUUUCUUUUCAUUCCACAAAUCUGGAUGCGAUGGCCAGAAAGUUAUUGUAAAUAUUAAAUUAAUUUUAAAAAAAUUAAAUAUGAAUGCUUACCUGUCCUGGAACAAUAAGAAAGAAAAUCUACCUGAAAUAGUGCGUGAGGGGGGGGAUUUUCCCAGGUAAUUUCUAUCGUCUCGUAAAUCUGCUGUGAUCGCUCUUCCUGUCCACCAAAGCGCAAAGAAAGUUGUAUAACCGUUUAUAUGGGCGAGAUAAUACAUGUAAAGUAUUCUAGCACUCAACUGAAAAUCCCUGAUCAGAUUACAUUCAUACCAUUCUUACCAAACCAUAGACAUUCUGCAGUAAGAUUCCUGUGUAUCUUUCUCAUUUAUCUUUUUAUUGGUGCAAGCAAAAUUUCAGACUUUGUGCAUCGCAGUGCACUCUGGCAUGCAAACCCAACACAGUCGCAGCUGUGGAUUCCGUUUCCCCACAUGUUAUAUAUCAACAUCUUCUGUAUAUAGGUUUGAAGCCAAUGUCGCUUCCCAGUUAGGUACGCUCGCUUUGGAUCUCUCUGCUCGAGGGCACCGUGUUAUGUGUUUGUGCCUAGUGUCCUUUUGUGUUGGUUCGGUGCGGGUGGAAUUGCUGCCUGUAAUGCACGUCUGACAAGCUAUCCCUGUUUCAUUUAUUUUUAUAACAAGAAUUUGGAUAGGGGGGGGGAUACAGAAAGAAAGAAGGGGAGGGGGGGGUGGGUGCCCUAGACAACACUUUAUACAUAUGGUGAUAAAAUCCUGUACAACCAUUUGUAAACUUGUCACUGCUCCCAACUGAUCCUUGCUCCAUGUCAGUGUAGGCGUCACCAUACUGCGGCUCCUGUUCUACUGCCUAAGAACCCGCUGGCCAGCAACUCCACUCCCUGUCGUAUCUCACACUGCUACCGUUUACUCUAUUGGCCAUUUUUUCAUAUGCGCUAAUCGUAUCCAUUUUUUGUGUUAUAGCCUCUACUGCUGGGAUUUUGUUGCUCUUCCAGUUGCUGGCCAGCACAAUUUUUGCUACCGUUAGAAUGUUUAGCGCUACUUUCCUAUGAGGGUGAGUGACCACACUGGGUGCUAUGUGAAGUAUGUAGUGUUCCGGCUUCUUGGGGAGAGUGAUACCCGUCCUGCCUAGUAGGAGCAGAUGGACCUUCUCCCAGUAAUCAGUCAGUAGAGGGCACGUCCAGAAAAUAUGGAACAUGGUUCCCUCUUCUAUGUUGCAUCUCCAACACUUCCCGGACGUGCCCGGGUACAUGCGUGCCAGUCUGUGUGGCACCAAGUACCACCUCAUUAGCACCUUGCAGUACGCUUCCCAGAGUGUGAGGCUUUGCGAUGCUUUUUUCGUGGUUUCCAGAGCCGUUAGCCACUCUGUCUUGGGGAUUUGGAGUCCCAAGUCCUCCUCCCACAGAUUCAUAUAUGUAGGUUUAUCGGGGGCCGCCGAAGUGAUUAGUGCGUUGUAGCAUGCUGAAAGCGGUUUGAUUUGCUUGUGGAAGAGUGCCUGUUUAAGCGUUAUGUGGGGUUUGGAGGAGUGGGUGGUGCAGAGUUGGAUAUGCGAGUGCACUAUAUUUUUUUUAUUCAAAGGUAUUGAAAAGAUAUCCCUCACUGGUAGCUGUAAUUCCCUUUGCAGGAUGGGGAAUUGCUUAAUUUUGUCCCCUUCUAGUAUGUCUUGGACCCGGGAUUCGCCCCUCCCUUUCCAUCGGCCCAUUGACAUGUCUGGGGAUAGUAUUUCUAGUGUUUCCAAGGGUGCUGCUAAAAAGAGCUCUUUGGGGUUCACUAUGCAAGAGCUCCAGUUAUUCCAUGCCCUUAAAAGAAACUGUGAACUCUGCAGUUGUUUCCCCCCCAUAAACUGGGGGUGUCCCCCUACCCAUAAGUUCCGUGACAAGUCGCGGGUGGCCAGGCAGGCGCUUUCCAUUUCUAGCCAGAUGGGCUUACGGGUGGUGUUCACGGAGCGUAAGAGCCUGAGUCCCUGCGCUAAAGCGGUUGCCUUAUAGUAAGCCUUGAUAUCGGGCAUGCCCAGCCCCCCACUGGUGCCUAGGAGCCCCAGCACUCCCCUUGCCACUCUCGGGGGCUUCCGUUUCCAUACAUGUGCGUUUAUUGUGCUUUGGAAGAGUUUUAAAAGUUUGGUGGGGAGGGCGAUGGGCAAGGUUCUAAACAGGUACAGUAUGUGCGGCAGCGCCAUCAUUUUAAUAAGGUUGAUGCGGCCCAACCAGGACACCUCGAGUCCUUCCCAUUUCUCUAGUGUGGUUCUUAGUUUUUGUAUGACCGGAUAAUGGUUUUCCCGUAUGGUGGUCUGAGUGGACUUUGUGAGAUUGAUCCCCAAGUAUUUUAGAGAGGUUUUGCGCCAGUCAAAGGUGUGUUGUGCUUGUAGCGUUGUGACGAUAGUGCUCGGUAAAUUUAUAGGCAAUGCUUGUGUCUUCGUCGUGUUGUUCCUAUAGUAAGAUACCCGUCCAUAUGUGUCGAGCCUGUGUAUGAGUUGUGGUAGUGAGGAUUCUACUCACUAAAACGUCGUCCGCGAAAAGUGCCAGUUUUUUAUUACCACCUGGAGUGUGGAGUCCUUGUACUACUGGGUCGUGAUUUAUUAGCCGAAUUAGAGGUUCUAGGCUUAGUAUAAAAAUGAGGGGCGAGAGGGGGUUUCCUGUGUAUCUUUAUGAUGUUACUGUCUAAUUAGCGAAACCAUCACAGGCCGUAAGACUUCCAGUUCUCUGAUAUGUUUAAACAGAACACAGCUGCUCGCGUGAAGGAGAACGCAAUCAAACCGGGCAAUAACAUGUAGAUUAACAGCCAUUUCCUCGAGGAGAAUUAUAAAAUAACCAUUACAAGACGUACCACAACCCGCCUGCUCUAUAAGUCCCCAUUGUGCUGUAAUAGAACAUGUUGUAUAAAUACAUAGUAACUCCGUGACUAACCUCCAGCAUGUGGUUUUUUGGCAGGUCCUUCGGGGUGCUCCUAUGGGAGAUCUUCUCGCUGGGUUACAUGCCGUAUCCAUGUAAAACCAACCAAGAAGUUCUAGAGUUUGUUACAAGUGGGGGACGUAUGGAUCCCCCGAAAAAGUGCCCGGGGCCUGUGUGAGUAUUGGGGUCAAUUUACACUAUUUUGUUAGUUCUGAAUUCUCACAGUUAAUUUUUUUUGUCUAGUACUCUAGAAUUUAAAUAUUUUACACACGUGGCCUGUACGAAUAUAGGAUCAAUUCUACGCAACGUUUUGUGAGGUCGAAGAUCCGCCGAAACUGUCCAACAGAUCCAAAUAUAUAGGGGACCACCCAGCCUUAAAUGUUCCCUUCAUCAUUACAACAGGCAACGUUCUGACAGUUUUCAGUCAUCCUCGUGCCAAACCGAUGAAACAUUGUCUUGUCUAAGGAGAUGAUAAAUUAAUUUUUACAUAACUCUAGUGCUUUAUAAGAAUGCAGAAUCUAUAGCACUAACUACUGUCUGUGUCUCUUUUUCUUAUAAGCUAUCGGAUAAUGACACAAUGUUGGCAGCAUACGCCAGAUCAUCGUCCCAACUUCUCAACCAUCAUGGAGAGGAUCAUAUAUUGCACACAGGUAUGAGGGUAUUAUGUUUGCCACACACUGAGCCAAAUGAAACUUUAUGAAUUCAGGAUUUUCCUAGGUUGGUUUUUUUAGUGUCAACAAAAUAUAUCAACUUUGUCAGAGUGGAGGUGAAUAUCAUGCAUUUCACUUAUUGUUUCACAGCCGUAAAAGCUAAAAGUGUCAAAACAUCUAACUAGAAUUGAGGAGGUGGUCAAUCAACAUAAAAAGUAGGGAAUGGCUGACAACCGCCACAAAGCAAAGUCGCCAAACGUAACUCCCAAGGUGGGGGGUAACCCAGAUACAAAUAUAAAGGAGGAAAAAAGAACCAUGGGCCAACAACUUAAUGGCACCAGAGGAAUUAUGGGAGAAAGAUUUAAUGUAACGAAUAGAAUUUGGCUUUUAUUAGAAAAAUAAAAACAGUCAAAACACUCAGGAUAUAAACACACGUGAACCAAAUAAUAUUAAAUCAGGAACAGUUGAAUAGGAUUGUAUCAGGAUAGAAGGACCCUAUGAACGACGUUCGAGGGUUUAAUUAGGGUCAAUGCUAACGGUUCUAUAUUAGGGAUUUGUUUUGCAAAUGGAUUUAUUGCUGUCAUUUAUGCAAAUUUCUGAAUCAGUUUAGGGGUUAAGUGAAGCGUAGCAAUUUGUAAUCAUGUAGUGGCAUUAACAACCCAAAAUGUGGAUAGUGCUUUAAGAUAUAAAAAAGAAAAUUAUAUAACGUAUUUUCCGGCGUAUAAGACGACCCCCAACUUUUGCAGUUAAAAUAUAGAGUUUGGGAUAUACUCGCCGUAUAAGACUACCCCUCUUCCAAUGCACACCAAAUAAAAAUUAGCCAUGAUGUACAGUGAGCAGACAGAGCUACACAGCAAGACAUUAAAUAAUGAUAAUCUGAAAUAGCAUUUAAAGCCCAGGUAUGUGCCAGGCUGUUUGGAAAUAUAAUCCAUGCCUGCUGGUCUAGUACACAGGAGGCUAAUUGCGAUAUAUUCUUUCCCCCCCCUCCAUUCCUCCCUACAUUCUUCUCCCCUUCCCUGUGCAGAGUGGGUGGCCGAGCUCCUCUUCCUCCUGUCAGUCUGGCCGGGUACCGCGCGUUACAGGAGAUUCAGUUAUCUGUUACCGGCCGGACUGAAAGGAAGUGAGCACUCAGUGUGCACUUCCUUUCAGUCCGGCCGGUAACAGAUAACUGAAUCUCCUGUAACGCGCGGUACCCGGCCAGACCGACAGGACGAAGAGGAGCUCAGCCACCCACUCUGCACAGGGAAGGGGAGGUGAGAAGAGAGGUAGUGCGGCAGCUAUCUGAGCGCUCUCUAUAGAGCGCUCAGGUGGCUGCAGCAUUAGAAGGGCCGGCGAUGGGGGCGCAGGGCGCCCCCGGCAGCCAUAUAGACCCUAUACCCGGCGUAUAAGACGACCCCCGACUUUGGAGAAGAUUUUCCAGGGUUAAAAAGUCAUCUUAUACGCCAGAAAAUACAGUAUAUAGUGAUGAACUUAAGCAGCAAUCACCUAAAGUGACAAAUAACACAAAUAAGAAGUAUAGUCGAAGGGUAAAAUAAAGGAGUGUGUGUAUACACUAAAUACAGUAUGCUGGAUAACCAAAACUAUCUUCUAUCCACUGGCUAGAACCUAGACACGGUUACAAGGAAUUGUUUAGGUGACGUUCCCACAAACAUGGUUAGAAAAAGUGUAAAUAGAUCACAAUAGAUUCAAGUGUUGUGCUCAAAUCAUACUUAACAUCAAAUUUGUAGUAAAUUCUGUAAAAAAAUAUAACAAAUACAUUAUAGUGCAGAUUAUCCUUAUAAUUAAAUAAUGUUAUAUAAGUACAUGUAUGCGGGGGUUAUACUCACAUGUACCAGAGCCCUAUCAACCCUGGCUCUGGGUGAGAAAGGAAAUCACUCCCUUACCGCUCAGGCAGCCAGACUGUGGAUUCCAAUCUUUUUAAGAUAGUAGCUGUAGGGACCUCAAUGGCGCAGUAAAACAAUUAAAACUGCUUACAUCCAGCAUUGGUGGGCACACCCAAGCAGGAAUCCCGCACCCAAGCAGAUAGCUUUUAGCAUUUACUUCUGGUUUUAAGCCACCUCCCGAUGACAUUUCAGGGAUGUGUUUCAUGCACCUCUUACUUCGGGCUUCAUCAGACAAUGCCCAACUCUCCCUCCUCCGGCAUUUAAGUCUCUUAACUCCGCCUCUGAUGUUCUUCUAUUGCACGGAUAGGCAACCUUCGGCACUGCAGAUGAUGUGGACUACAUCCCCCAUAAUGCUCUUACACCUAUAAUGCUGGCAAAGAAUCAUGGAAGGUGUAGUCCAAAACAUCUGGAGUGCCAAAGGUUGCCUAUGCCUGUUCUAUUGGUUAAAAUACGUUCUGCAACUUCACCGUCUUAAUAGGAAUCAUGUGCAGUUCUUUAUAUUGAUGUUAUCAGUCCUUAUAUAUACAUAUGCAUUUAAUACAACUAUUAAAUAUUCACAUUUAUGCCCUGAUUUGCAUUCUGUACAUUAUUCUGCUGUACAGUAUAGAUAAAGGGGGAUUAUAACCUAAAUGUCUCUCAUUUUCAGUUUAUAUAGAUCUCUUAAAGCAGCAAUUAUGUCUAUAUAAAAAUCUAUUUCAGGGUAAAUACAUGUUAAGUUACCUAAAAUUUCAUAAAUUCUUUAUUGUAAAACAUUAUGAAUAGGCAUAUAUGAUUAAAAAUCAGACACAAUAUAUCAUAAAAUAAUAUACUAUUCAAUCCUAUGGAAAUUUCACACACAGAGAUCCAAAAAUAAAUAUAGACAGAUCAAUAAUACUCCAUAAAGAUUAAAAUAAAUAGAAAACAUUCGACAUUGGUAAAAACUGACAUCGUUCUAAAUCUCGAUUUAACCCUCUAGGGAACAGUGACUUGCGUUUAAAAAUCCACCCCAUGACUUGUUGCAAUAGCGUUUUAUCAUAAUCACCUCCCCUCCAAACGCUAUUCUUAAUAAUUCUCAACUACUGGGGUCUCCCUGCUGAAAUUUGAUAAAAUAUAAAGGUAGUGAAAGUUCCUUAAAACCUCUUAAUGUUCUUCACAUGUUCCUCAAUGCGGAUAUGUAUCUGUCUCGUGGUUUUACCUACAUAUUGAAACUUGCAGGGACAAGUUAAAACAUAAAUACAGAUGUUUGGACGUAAUUAAUUGUAUAAUUUUAUAUUUUUAAUUUGUAGAUCCGCUUAAAAAUUAUCUCGGUAUACUUUUCCGCGCUAAAGUGCUCCUUAAAGCCAAACAGUAUCCACAUUUAAAAAAAAGCCUAUGUCACUGUUUAAGGACACAUGAUGUGUGACAUGUCAUGAUUCCCUUUUAUUCCAGAAGUUUGGUCCUUAAGAGGUUAAAGGGACACUAUAGGCACCCAAACCACUUCAGCUCAUUGGUCUGGGUGCAGUGUCCCUAUUGUCCUUAGUGCUGCCCUAUUAAACACGGAGUUCCAGAGAAACUGCAAUGUUUAUAUUGCAGAGCUAAGUCUGCCCUGAAUUGAAACGGACCUUUGGUUGCAGAGCGUGAGGACGUCCAGCAUCUGAUUUUUUUCUCCAUAGGAAAGCGUUGAUUCAAUGCUUUACUAUGGGGGGGUCGUCAUCUAACGCGCGAGGCAUUUGCCGCACAUGCGCAUUAGACCCUGCUCGUUGGGGGACGGAGGAGGGGGCAGAGCGACAACCAGGCGCCGAGGGACAUCGGUGCUGGAAUCAGUUAAGUAAAUAAAGUGGAUCUACAAAUCAAAAAUAUAAAAUUAUACAAUUAUACAAUUAAUUACGUCCAAACAAAAAUCUGUAUUUAGGUUUUAACUUGUCCCUGCAAGUUUCAAUAUGUAGGUAAAACCACGAGACAGAUACAUAUCCGCAUUGAGGAACAUGUGAAGAACAUUAAGAGGUUUUAAGGAACUUUCACUACCUUUACAUUUUAUCAAAUUUCAGCAGGGAGACCCCAGUAGUUGAGAAUUAUUAGGAAUAGCGUUUGGAGGGGAGGUGAUUAUGAUAAAACGCUAUUGCAACAAGUCAUGAGGUGGAUUUUUAAACGCAAGUCACUGUUCCCUAGAGGGUUAAAUCGAGAUUUAGAACGAUGUCAGUUUUUACCAAUGUCGAAUGUUUUCUAUUUAUUUUAAUUUUUAAUCUUUAUUAUUGAUCUGUCUAUAUUUAUUUUUGGAUCUCUGUGUGUGAAAUUUCCAUAGGAUUGAAUAGUAUAUUAUUUUAUGAUAUAUUGUGUCUGAUUUUUAAUCUCAUAUUACUAUUCAUAAUGUUUUACAAUCUCCUACAAUAAGAAAUGAAUUUAGUAGAUAAUGCUCUUUAAGAAUGUUAAUUAUUAUUCUUUAAAGAAUUUAUGAAAUUUUAGGUAACUUAACAUGUAUUUACCCUGAAAUAGAUUUUUAUAUAGACAUAAUUGCUGCUUUAAGAGAUCUAUAUAAACUGAAAAUUAGAGACAUUUAGGUUAUAAUCCCCCUUUAUCUAUACUGUACAGCAGAAUAAUGUAAAGAAUGCAAAUCAGGGCAUAAAUGUGAAUAUUUAAUAGUUGUAUUAAAUGCAUAUGAAUGUAUAUAAGUAGUUUAAUAAGGAUAUUCUGUUGUAUUUUUUUUUUUUUUUUAGAAAUUACUACAGAUUUGAUGUUAAGUAUGAUUUGAGCACAACACUUGAAUCUAUUGUGAUCUAUUUACACUUUUUUUUACCAUGUUUUUGGGAACGUAACUUAAACAAUUCCUUGUAACCGAGUCUAGGUUCUAGCCAGUGGAUAGAAGAUAGUUUUGGCUAUCCAGCAUAGCAUUGUAUUUAGUGUAUACACACACUCCUUUAUUUUACCCUUUGACUAUACUUCUUAUUUGUAUCCUAGCCUCUACACAGAUACUAUACAUACAUUGUCCAUUUUGUACGUUCAUAGCGUCCUUAUAUCCCGAUACAACUCUAUUCACCCGUUCCUGAUUUAAUAUCAAUUGAUUGACAUGUGUAUUUAUAUUCUGAGUGUCUUUGACUGCUUUUACAGAUUUAAUAAAAGCCAAGUUCUAUUCGUUACAUUAAACCUUUCUUCCAUAAUUCAGCUGGUACCAUUUGUUGGCCCAUGGUUCUUUUUUCCUUUUCAAUAGUAAAGGGAUAAGGUUGAAUGAACCAUAGAUUGUUCUUUAAACAGUAAGUUGUUUGGAGGUUGUGUGAAUAAAAUAUACCAAACAGUGACGGGAUGGGUUUCUGACCGAAAUACCCACUGACUACACUGUACUAGCAGAAUCCCUUAUAAAGCAUUGUUCCAAAAAGGGAAAUGCAGCUUCAAUUAAUAAUAAAGUCAUUUGAUUUUAAUUGCAAACAAUAUUUCUUGGCAAAAACAGGAAAUUAAGCCUCCCCUAAUACAGACAAUAGGAAGAGGAAAAUCCGUGGGGAAAAUUUUUUUUUUUGAAUAUUUUGUAGACUUGGGCAAAAUUGUCUCAUUCAUUCGAAUUCUGAAUGGCACAAUGAAAGAAUAGACUAGUGAACACAAUUCUUCUAAAUUCAUUAAAAUCGAUUACAAAUUAGGGAGCUUUGGGGUUUAGUAAAUCUCUCUAGUUUGGCAAUCCCAUAGAAGAACACUCAUUUUAUUUAGGGAGUUCUCUACUAAACAGCUGAAAGAUCAAAUGGAAUAAAGGCUUUCCCUUAUUUUGCUCUUUUAGCAGUUUAGUAGAGAACUCCCUAAUUUGGUAUCCUUAAAGGGAAUUUAUAGUCACGAAAAUAACCAAUGGACUACUAAAACGUAACUUUUAUUUCCCAUUGUACAGCGCUACGGAAUUUGCUGGCGCCAUAUAAAUAAUAAAAUAAUUAUUUCACACUAAAAUAUGUGGGGAAGAGGAUGUUGACUUCUAGUCAUAUUAAAAGCACCUGCUAUAGUUAUGCAAAAUAAUUCCUAAUUUCUAUACAUUAAUUAAAACUGUAUGUGUAUCCAAGUAACCGUAACGAUAACCCAAUUCCCUUUCACUGAGAGCCUCCGAUAGUCUGGAGAGGUUAUCUAAUAACGAGGACUGAGAGCCCUUACUCCGAUAUUGAUAAUCGAUUGAAAUAAUAAUUAAGGGUCACAGUAUUCUCAAUAUUAUAUUGUGUGAAUACACUAACCAUAAACAAAGAAUAAUACUAUUAGCAAUACAAUGUGUGCAUCAAUAUAUAUAAAGCCAAAUGCAGAGUCUGUAUAAUGGGGUUUGUAAUACAAGUCUAAGGCCUGAAGAGGUCGCCAGAACUCCCAAUCCAGAAUGAUUUCCUAUUAGUGUAUUACCCUCCUCUAGUCACUAGGGGUCACUAUAAAACAGACAUACUAGGAUCAAUGCUUUUAAUGGUCCCCAAAUUAUUAUUUCAAUAGAUUAUUGUGGCGGAACCAACCUCGCCACUGGAGGAGCCUGGUUGCCCACCUCUUGCUGCUGGCCCUGCAUUAAAAACCUUUUAUUUUCCCUAUGUGAGCAGUGUUACUCCAGAUAGCUAAGCCAUGGAGCCCAUUCGUAUAAUGAAAGACUAUGGGAAAGACUUUGGCUCCAUGGCAAUUGAACUGUAUGCAUGUGAUCUGAGCGCCAUCCGGUAGUAAUGUGCGCUCAGAUCUAAGCUAUCUGGGGAUAGGUAGAAUGUGUAUGUUCUAUGUGAUAAAUGUAACAGUAUGUAUUUUUAUGUCUUUUAUUGUCCUUUGUCUGCCAUGUGCUUAAUGGAGUUUUGCCUCGGUCCUUGGAGAUAAUUGGAUUACUUCCCAAUUUUCUCCAGGACAGAGAGGAGGGAUUGUGAUGCAUUGUGGGAUUGUAAGCUUGUGAUCGGUCAGUGUCCAAUAUGUGUCCCAGUCUUCCAUCUGGUCCCCUAGGGGAGUGUCCACCAGGUGGGAGACCUGCAUAAAAGCCGGGCAGGUAGCCCCAGUAAAUCAGUUCUACUUCACCCUCCAUUUGGAGUGCCGUCUCUUAUUGGGGGAAUCUGCUACAAGGGAUUGCUAUGCUAGUCAUACUCUCUUGCUAUAAUCACUAAUAAGUUCUUUUAAGAGCUUGUUCCUGAUUUGCUCGCUGAAGGAGUCUACGGUGGUUAUGGUGUCUUCUGGAGUGCUUGGAGCCUACAGGAAACGCUAGGAGCAUCCUUCAACGGAGGUACCCAGUCGGGGUGCCCGUCGAUCUGUUACAUUGGUGGCAGAGGUGGGAUCAUUCCCAUAGCCCAGAAUGACAGCUACAAGACAACACCAGUUCCUGGAUUACAAAUUGAGGGCAAAGCUAGUACCCGUACAGCACCCCUAUCUACAAAGUAACCAACUUCGGCAGAGCAAGCAUGGCGCCCGGCUACACUCAGGAGCAGUUUGACAGAGAGGUUAAUGCGGUGCUGGCGGUCUAUGGACCCAACCCCUCAUAGAGGUCCGUGCAGCACGUCAAGAAAAUAAUAGGAGAGUAUCUGCAAUUCCUAGCAGAGUUGGCCAGGGGGGAGAGACCCCAACGGCCAAGUGAGUUACAGGGAGACGAAGGUGCCGUCCUUCCUCACCAGCGGCAGUGUGUGUCCUUAGGAGAGGAGACAGUUGGUCACUCUCCCCAGCAGUCAAGGGAAUUACAGGGAGACAAAGGUGCCGUCCUUCCUCCCCAGCGACAGUGUGUGUUACAGGGAGCCGAAGGUGCCAUCCUUCCUCCCCAGUGGCUGUGGGUUUACAGGGAGCCGAAGGUGCCGUCCUUCCUCCCCAGCGGCAGUGUGUGUUACAGGGAGCAGAGACACAGUUGGUCUCGCUCCCCAGCAGCGGGACAAUAUAUCAAAAGGGGAGACAGUCGUUUCCCCUCUCCACGAGCAGAAAGAGUGUCAGGGAGAGGAGCUUGUUAUCCCCUCUCCCCAGCGGCUGAAAGUAUGUAUGGGAGAGGAGCUUGUUACCCCCUCUCCCCAGUGGCAGCCUAGCCCACAAGGGGGGGGGGAGAUAAGCCCCACACCGGUGCAGAUGGGACCGUAGUCUCUGUGCCCAAACCACAGGGGGUAGGGACGGUCGGUCCUGUCCCCCAGCAGCAGGACUGGUUGCCCAAAGGGGAGACAGUCGGUCUCCCCCUACAGCAGCAGCACCAGAUCCAGAGAGGGCAGCCUACUACCGCUUCUCCUCAGCGGGGCUCCAACCAGGCUACUCCCGUUAUAGCGCUGGCACCAGGGCAGAGUACCGCUGGUCUCUGCCCACUCAGCAACCCACCGACCCGGAAUAGCAGCACCUGGACAAAGGCAAGCUCCUCAUUUCCCCAGGUGUAGUAACCCUUUAUUGUGGGUGGGCUGUACUGCUGAUUGUGUUCUGUGGGUGGGUUGCUGGACUAACCAGGGCACUGACCUACAGGAGGUCAGAUACCAUGUUAGUCUGAUUGGUAAAGGGGAGAAAUGUGGCGGAACCAACCUCGCCACUGGAGGAGCCCACCUCUUGCCCCUGGACUAUGGCCCUGCAUUAAAAACCUUUUAUUUUCCCUAUGUGAGCAGUGUUACCCCAGAUAGCUAAGCCAUGGAGCCCAUUUGUAUACCGAAAGACUAUGGGAAAGACUUUGGCUCCAUGGCGAUUGAACUGUAUGGAUGUGAUCUGAGCGCCAUCCGGUAAUAAUGUGCGCUCAGAUCUAAGCUAUCUGGGGACAGGUAGAAUGUGUAUGUUCUAUGUGAUAAAUGUAACAGUAUGUAUUUUUAUGUCUUUUAUUGUCCUUUGUCUGCCACGUGGUUAAUGGAGUUUUGCCUCUGUCCUUGGAGAUAAUUGGAUUACUUCCCAAUUAUCUCCAGGACAGAGAGGAGGGAUUGUGAUGCAUUGUGGGAUUGUAAGGUUGUGAUCGGUCAAUGUCCAAUAUGUUUCCCAGUCUUCCAUCUGGUCCCCUAGGUGGGUGUCCACCAGGUGGGAGACCUGCAUAAAAGCCGGGCAGGUAGCCCCAGUAAAUCAGUUCUACUUCACCCUCAAUUUGGAGUGCCGUCUCUUAUUGGGGGAAUCUGCUACAAGGGAUUGCUAUGCUAGUCAUACUCUCUUGCUAUUAUCACUCGUAAGUUCUUUUAAGAGCUUGUUCCUGAUUUGCUCGCUGAAGGAGUCUACGGUGGUUAUGGUGUCUGCUGGAGUGCUUGGAGCCUACAGGAAGCGCUAAGAGCAUCCUUCAACGGAGGUACCCAGUCGGGGUGCCCUUCGAUCCGUUACAAUUAUCAAUAUCGGAGUAAGGGAUCUCAGUCCUCGUUAUUAGAUAACCUCUCCAGAAUAUCGGAGGCUCUCAGUGAAAGGGAAUUGGGUUAUCAUUACGGUUACUUGGAUACACACACAGUUUUAAUUAAUGUCAAGAAAUUAGGCGUUAUCCUGCAUAACUAUAGCAGGUGCUUUUAAUAUGACUAGAAGCCAAUUAUUACGCUUUCCCACACAUUUCUUUAGUGUGAAAUAAGUUACGUUUUAGUAGUCAUUGUUCUAAAUUUUUUUUUGUUUAGUCACAUUGAAGGACAGAAAGCCCUGAAUUUUGGAUUCUGUUCCUAUGACCUUUGUCCACCUCCCUUUAGUUUAAUAAAGAUUUCUUGCCUCAUGUCCAGCGCCGAUACACCUCUGCUCCACCUAUGUCACUAUGCCUGCUCUUCCAAUCUAAUUCUUCUCAGAGAAUCACUGGGCACAAGCUACAUGCUCAGCAAAAUGCAGGGCUCUCUAAAUCAGAUAAUCCCACGAGCAGCAUUCGUUUGACUGGUUUCUAGAGGAAGAAUCGCCUCUAGUAGCCGUCUGGAACAUUGCCACGAGGUGUAUUUAACCCUUUAAUGAGAACAUUGCUGUGUCUACUAAAUGGCAAUGUUUUAAAGUGAAUAAAGGGUUAAAUGUCAGGACAUCUGCACCCUGACCAUUUCAUUAAAGUAAAAAGUCGUCUAGGUGCCUUUAGUGGUCCCUUAAAUAAGACCAUCCCACAUAAAGGAUUUCAAAUUAUGGAUCUAUCUACUCAACAGAAGAACAACGAACAAGUACCCUUUUCUUUGGUUUUUCAGUAGAAAGGGAUAUAAGUUAGUUAUCACAGCUGUUUAGCAGAUAGCUCCUAAACCUAGUACCUUUCACAUAGGGUUUCCAUAUUUAAGGAUAACAAAUAGGGAGCCAUCUUCUAAACACGGUUGUCUCCCAAAUUUGGUACCCUUAAAUAUGACAGUACCAGACAGUUCAGAGAAAAGGCAGUGUUUACAUUGAAUGGCACUGGAGGUGUCCCUAGGCAACACUCAGAUAGCCACUUGAGGUGCUGCACAACCCUCUGCAUGGAGAUGCAACUUUGAUGCUGAUUGGCCAGUGCAGUGUCUGGCUCCGUCCCCUACCUCCUAGACUGAGAUCAUCCAGAAAACAUUGGAUUGGCUGAGAUCAUCAAUUCUGAGGAUCUCAGCCAAGAAGGCAGAUCAGGGGCAGGGCCAAUACUAUCAUCUUACCCCUGGCGCUGGAAUAAAAGGCAAGUUUUAACACUAUAUAAGAGUGGUAGGGGAGGGGCUGGGGGGGUUAAGAAAUAUUUUUAACACUGUAGGGUCAGGAAUACACAUUUGUAUUCUUAACCCUCUAGUGUUCCUUUAAAGUUUGGCUAAAAAAGAUUAUGUUAACUCUUAAUCUAAACUAGAAAGGAUAUGGAAUUUUACUACAUUUAUUGAAGGCAUUUUACAAAGAAGUUAUUGUUAAUUAGACUUAAUAUCAGAGAAGUCAGAUAAAAGCAUUUAUUAAAAGAAUAACCAGAAUCCCUGUCCCAAAAAAUAAAACCCACAAAAAGCUAACCUGCUUUUAUCGUAAUGCAAGUCCCUGGAUAGGCAGAUGCUCCUAAAAAAAACAACACUAUUUUCGAGCUUGCAUUUCACAAUGGGUUGGGGUCACUUACGUUCUGUUUAUGGCAUGUUGCAGGAUCCAGAUGUGAUAAAUACAGAGCUCCCGGUAGAGAGUGGCCCGACCUCGGAAGAUGAAGGAAACACAAUAAUGAGGUCCAACAGCUGCAAUGGCUUGACACCUCUUGUAAGCAACCCUCCUCUUUUGGAUACACAGACCAAGGAACAUCAACUUGGAGACUUUCCUCAGGAGUUACUGGUGGACAAUUUGGUGGGUUGGAACAUCAGGUCUCCGAACCUACAAUGCAUUACAGAAUCUACAGAAGAGUCGUGGAUUCCAUCGUCUCCAAUCUCCACCACAGAGACAAAGCCCCAGGGGGCACAAAAACUAAAAAACAAAACCAAAAACCUUUGGAACCCAACAUAUGGCUCUUGGGUUAUGGAGAGUACCUGUUGACUCAGUAACAUCCUAGCAGAACCUCAGGUUGGAAAGACUCAGGUUUGGACCUCGAGUGUAUGGGCACUCUAACUAAAGAGGGUAUUUUUAGCAUUUCCAAAGAAAACUUAAUGCUCCUUUUUAGGAUAAAACAUUAAAACCUCAAACACUGCCACGUAGCACUGUGAAGAUAUGGUAGACUGAACAAUGGCCAGAAGUCACAGGGAUAGAUAUAUUUUUGUUUUGGAAGCUGUAUGAUUUGAUUGGCAAUAAUGUCCGAAAGAAACAAGAAGUGACUCUUCAUCAAUCUCCCGGAAUCUACUUGGGAUCGCUGUUCAUUGCUUUCUCAUAUAAACUCGCUCUUAAGACUUUGGUAAAAGCCCCAGUUUACAUUAGUCAAUGUUAUUUCAUAAGCUAGGAGAGGCAGAUAUUCAAAUAGGAAUGAAAUCAUUUACAGGGGGUGGGGCGGGAGUUAUUUGCUAAAUUGGAAACUGACCAUUUUAGGACAAAAUAAUUAAAGUAGUAAUUACACAGAACUGGAUAUCUGCUUAAUCUGUCUGUUCUUAAGAAUGAAUAUGUACAAUAGAAUAGGUCUGCAUCUCGAACCCAAUAAGCUCUCCGCUACCCGGGGAAAAAAGAUUAGGGUCCCUUUAAGGAACUUUAUGUUGAAUUGGAAAUGGACAGCUAGCUUCUCACGCACUAAUCACAUGCAUCCAGAACAGAUUUUAUUGUAAUAAUAUAGAUAAUAAAUAUUUACCUUUAUAGGA